AUGGCGUGGAAUGUGAAAGGGGCGGGACCCCAAGCUGGUGACGCAAAGCAAGUGACGGAGGCGGAAGUGGAGUGUGUGCAUUCUGCUCCCUGCCCGGAAAUGGAGGUGAGAAUUGGGGGUUCUGAUCAGGAAUAUAACAUUCCAAUAUAAAUAUUACACCUGGAGCCUGUCUGUAAAUCGGAGUUCCAAUCACUGCGGGUUCACGUCACUGAGCUAUGUUCUAUCAGUGGUGGGAAAUCAGAUUUACAGCAGGGCUCCCAGUGUCCUAUUUAUAUUGAACUGUGUAAACUGGAGCUGAUUGAUAGAGAGAUAUAUAUAUAUAUAUAUCUAUCACACACACACCUCUAGACGUUAGAUGAAAAUAAAAUGUAAAUGUGUUUUGUAUCAUUUAUAACUUUUUAACUCUUGACAGUAGCUGUCACUGUAAACAUUAUAUUUAAAAAAAAAAAAAAAAGUAUAUUUAAAAAAUAAUUUAUGUUUAAACAAAAAAAAAAAGUAUGUGAUCAAAUAGUUUUGUCUAUGCCAGGGGUAGGCAAAUGUUGACACAACAGAGGUUGUGGACUGCAUCUUCCCUAAUGCUCUUACAACAAAAAUGCUGGCAAAGCUUCAGUGAAAAUGUAGUCCACAAAAUCUGGAGUGCUAAAAGUGGAAAAUGUUCCUGUUAUAUAAAUGACAAUAGUAAUAAUAAUCUUCUUUGUUGGUGUCUUGCCAAUAUAUGGGUUUUCUAUCAGGGUUAUCUAUAGAUCAGCGAUAAAGGAUAUACCAUAGGACAUCUGAUGUUCCUUUAUUGUUUGUCAUUCCUCUGGAAUAGUAAUGCAAAGCCUGUUAAACACCUGAAAAACCAGUUUAGAAAUUGUAUAUUGCUGAAUAUAGAUCUAAUAAUAAUUUCUGAAAUUCUUUAAAGUGUUUUAAGAUGCAUGUAUAUUAUGUUCACUUUUAAAUGUCUCAAUAGUGAUGUCCCGAACAGUUCGCCGCGGAUUCCAGUCAGCAGACACAUUCCAGCCAAUCAGCAGCAGACCCUCCCACCUCCUGGACAGCUCACUGAGAAUGCAGCUUCAAAAUGGAUGCUGUCCAGGAGGAGGGAGGGUCUGCUGCUGACUGGAGUCCGCGGCGAACCGUUCGGGACAUCACUAUGUUUCAAUAAUUAUAUGAAAUUGAACUGUAUAUUUGGGUUAUUGUUAUCUAAUCUCUAAUGGUUUUAUUAGAAUUACUAAGGAAGUAUUAUGUAUAAAGAACACUUGGGCAAAGUACUAAAAAGGAAAAUUUUCAUUUUUUUCCCCCCACUUUUAGAACAUUGCACUACAAUUACUAAUUAUAAAUAUAAGUACUUUCAUCCUGUACAGAACAUAGUAGAGCUUACCCACUGUUCAGUUAAACACCGUAACAUUUGGAGUAGGUCACCUGUUAGCAGGGCUGAAAUGUCAAGGUGUAAUGAUGAGUUAUGCUUUUUUUCUUUUCUUCUCUAAAUUUCCUGACACUGUAAAUUUGACAGUUUUCGGAAAUGGAAAUUUUGAAGUGGGGGAAUUUACCAUAAAGAAAACCGCCACGGUUUAGAACAGUUUGAUAAAUAGCCCAUAUCAUCCUCCGCUAUCUAAAUUGUUCAUGGAUGUUAAUCCAUUCAGGACCUGUCAGGUCAAUGCUCACCUUUUGUCAUUAGCUCACCUUGCUGCAUCUCUCCCUCUCCUCCACAAAAUGCCUUGAUAAUGUGCUGCGAGGCCUUCCGGUAUAGACCACCCAGACUAUACUUGCACAAUCAUGCGGAGGUUGUCAUCUUCUCAAGUGUCAGGAUCAAUGGCACGUCAUCUGUAAUGGCAUUGCAGCUUGCGAACCGACCAAAGUGGCGAUCACUGCUGUUGUUGGUUAACAGGUCUAAAUAGUCCAUGCGCCUUGUUUGUCUUUUUUUUUUAAAGGAGAAAGAGGGGGAUAGCCUCAGGGGCAGUACUUUAAUGCAGGACUGACAUGGGGGCAUAUACAUCUCACCCCUAGAGAUUUGCCUUUAACCCUUCCUCCACACUAAGGUGUACUGUGCUCACAAUGUAGUGCAAGCUCUGUGUGUAUAUAAGUUUAUCUGUAUGUCUACCUGGUAUUUGAUCCCUCUGCCUGAACGUUUACCGUUCUUGGCUACAUUUUUGACAUGUCUCUGUCUGCACCUCGCCUUGGUUACUUUAACUCCAGUUAUUUAUUACAUUCUGGGCUUCUUCUUGUAAACCCUGACAAAAUCACUGAUGUUCUAUGGAAUUAGAGCAUUUAGUGGAAAAAGGUUUCCAUAGAGUUGCAAUGUUACAAAUAUAGCUGUGACGAAGUGCCCUUCGCCACUUGGUCCUGGAGAGGCCUGCUUGCCAGCCUCUUUCCCUGCGACUAUGGCCCGGCCCUUUAAGAACAUUAUUGGGGCUUAUGGACUUUCAUUGGACUGGUGCUGGCCCUUUAAGCACAUUUUUGGGACAUGGGGAAAAUUGGGACAAUGCCCCUUUAAGACUCUGUCCCCAGACUUGGUUAAACUACUUUAUUCAUGCCUUCUUUACACUUGGUUCAGUAAAUGGGGCUUACUGAACCAAGUACCACACAGGCGGACCACCCAGAAGUGGAAGUGUGCAGGCAAUUUACCUCCCAGGCUGGGAGCCUGCUGUAGGUAAAUUGCCGACCGCUGGGUGGCCGCAGUUCGUGCAAACGAACACAUGGCGGCGGUCAUUUUAAUUUAGUUGAACGCGGUCACAGGUGUGUGUCACUGAAUCUAUGGAACUGAAAUCGGCUACACAUUUAGACGAACACCGCUGACCCGUACCUACUUCGACACUGCAGCUGGAGACUAUGUGCCGUUCGAAGAUUCGAACGCUCGUUCGAAUGGGACUUUUUUCAGUGUAAAAUAGACCGACUGCACAGCCCAAAUCCAUGGAACUGUUUUGGGCAUGAAAAUGUGCUUGCGGUCGGUCACAAAGGACUUCCAGCUAACUUUUUAUCUACUGGACGGAUUUUUAUGAUUUUUGAGUAUGUUUAUAUUUAAAGGAUGCAGAUUAAUAAUAUUUUUAUGAAGAUGGGAUGUGUGGUUUUAAAGUUACAGUGUAUGUGUAAAAACUGUAUAUUUUCUGCCUGUGAUUAAUAUUGUGUUGAGAUAAUUGUAUCACAGGCAGAGGGGAGAAUUUCUGCUGGGAUGAAUGGGAGUGGUUUACUUUAUUGUAUGUGUUGUAAUGUUUUUAUUGGUUGUUCUGAAAAACCUGCAUAAAAGAAGGCCCUUUGGUGCCAAGUAAACAGUUCUUCUUGACCCUUAGCACGUAGUCUUGUCUCGUGAUUGGAGGGGACAGCUAUACUCACACUGGGGAUUGCUAUGCUUUGCAUACUCCCCUGAGCUUUAAUCACUCAGCUCUUUUAAGAGCUUGUUUUAAGAGCUUGUUCCUGAUACACUCUCCUGGAGGAGAGGUCUUUCCCACACGGUCCUGGAGGACAGAAGCUGAUCCAGGGUGGACAGAAGACGGUGAGACUCCAGUUAAGCUACUGCGGUUGUGGAGUCUGCGGUGGUUGUGGUGUCCGGUGCGGUGCUUGUGGUCCUCAGCGCAGGCUAGGAAGCGUCCAUCAACGGAAGGUACUCGGUCGGAGUACAGGGAAUUCCUUUACAAUAGUGUUCAUUGUAGGUAAAGAACCAGAUUUUUAUAGUGACACAAUGGUAAUAGGACCUGUAUGGUUAAAGGACCACUAUAGGCACCCAGACCACUUCAGCUUAAUUAAGUGGUCUGGGUGCCUGGUCCAGUUAGGGUUAAGCCUUUUUUCUCUAAACAUAGCAGUUUCAGAGAAACUGCUAUGUUUACAUUAGGGUUAAUCCAGCCUCUAGUGGGUGUCUCAUUGACAGCCGCUAGAGGUGCUUGCGUGCUUCUCACUGUGAUUUUCACAGUGAGAAGAUGCCAGCGUCCGUAGGAAAGCAUUGUGAAUGCUUUCCUAUGAGACUGGCUGAAUGCGCGCGGCUCUUGCCGCGCAUGUACAUUCAGCCGAGGAGGUGGAGAGGAGGAGAGCUCCCCACCCGGCACUGGAGAAAGAGGUAAGUUUAACCCCUUCCUCACCCUAGAGCCCGGCAGGAGGGGGACCCUGAGGAUGGGGGCACCCUCAGGGCACUAUAGAGCCAGGAAAACAAGUAUGUUUUCCUGGCACUAUAGUGGUCCUUUAAUGUUUUCAGGACCGACAGUGUGUCAGAACUAAAAGAACAGAUUUUAAAAAUCCUUGUCCUGAAGGCUACAUUAAAAUUUUCCAUCUGUAUUCAGAUGCAGGAAUAGCCUAAGCUUUUAAUCUCCAGUAACUUAUUUUUAUGUAAAUACUGUAUAUAAUUAUUUUUAAGAUAUUUGUUACUUAAAAAGAAAUGCCUUUUGUUGGUUGUACUGUGUAGUUAUUACAUAUUAUUUACAAGUUUACCCUGAGACCCUCUCCACUCUCCUCAUACUCCUGAAGCUGCCAGGGCACUUCCUUCUAAGGGAGGAAAUUAUUAAAUGGUUGGAAUAAUAUUGUAACUCUUGUCAGUAUAUAUUUUACUUUGUUUGUCUGGCCAUAAAUUGAACAUAGGACGUGCCAUUUUUUUCAUAAAGAAUUGGGACAUUCUUGAUUUUAUUAAUGGACCAGAAAAACCACAUUUUUGUAAACUUGUUGGCACUAUUGCAACUGUAGAUCAGCUCAUCCUCCUGUUUAAGCAUCUUUAAAGGAACACUAUAGCAUUAGGAAUUCAAACAUGUAUUCCUGGUGCAAUAGUGUUCCUCUACCUAUAGCUGUCCACCCUUCUACCUCCACUGUGAGGAUUUAAAAGGUGAAUAGUACUUAUUAUGCUUUGUCGAAGUGCCGCCACCUUGGCUGAGAUCCUCAAACUGGAUGAUCUCAGUCAAUCCAAUGCUUUACUGUAAGAAAGCAUUGGGAGGCUAGUGCAUGCCCUGAAAAACGCCGCUGUGCCAAUCUAGAGCAGCAAUGUUUUCAAUUGCAGUUUUAAAACAUCAGGGACAUGGCACCUAUAUUACUUCAUUGAGAUUAAGUGGUCUGGGUGCCUAUCUUUAAUAUGAUCACUCUUCUAAUACAGAAAUCAGCUAUAAUUGAUGCACAUAUUCCUCCUUAAGAAGAAUUCAGUGCCUUUUAUAUAACUGUAGUACACAUAGUGCUGAUCCCUGCCAUUGUUUGAUAAAGAACCUUGUUGUGAGCUUGGUUAUGGAAUUAGGGCUCACAUUCCAUUUUGCUGAAGCUUGUUAGAAUCUAUUCAUCUGAAUGCCCUCUGUCGUAUGCCUUGUAGAAGUUUGCUUGAAUUGACACAUUCAGCAAAUUACUUAAAUUAUUCCUAAACUUUUCCACUUUGUCAUAUUUAUGCAUGCAGAUUUCUAUGUAGUUACUUGUGUAUGCAGAUAUGAGCAAUGAUAAUGGUACCCCCUAGCUGUUCUGUAGCACACACUGUUUAAUUGAUUUAUUUUAUGUGCCCAUCAGAUAAGAUUAUAGAUAUGAGGCAUCUGCACUAUUGGAUCUAAGAAACUGUUGCAGUGUUUUUGCUAUUUGUUACUUCCCUUAGCAUAUUAUUGAUUUUUGUACUGUUUGAAAUUUCCUUAUUGUCAUGUUAAUCAUUCUAUGUUUAAAACAAUCUUCUCCUGUUCUUGUUUACAUACAUAUUUUUAUGUUUUAUCUUUUUUUAAAUAAAAAAAAUAUGUCUUAAACUGGCCAGUGAUCCAGUGUCCGGAGGAGGAUAGGCUCUUCUUGGCAGCUGCUCUAUCUCUCCUAAGAUCAUAAAUACUGAUGGUCAUGGGCUAAUUCAAUACUCCACAUAAAGAAGCAUUGGGAACCCUUGGCACAUGUGUGACAAUCACCACAAUCCAUCAAACUGAUGCUUCUGAUAGAGAAGAAUUGAAUCCGAUGCUUAUCUAUGGGUAGUAAUAGCAGUGUUCAGCAUCAUCAAGCUGUGGUUGAUGAUACCACAUAUAAAUACCUACAAGGUUUGAAUGUCUUCGUUGGGGAAGUAACACUAGUGGCUGUUCAUCUGACAGCCACCACAAGUGUUGUUUACGUCAAAUUUGAACUUUGGAAAGGCAGCAUAUCUGCAUGAAGAGGAAGUUACUUUGGUGCCUAAAGGGAUACUGUAGGAACCCAGACCACUUUAGCCCAUUGAAGUGGUCUGGGUGCCAACUCCCGUCACCCUUAACCCUGCAAGUGUAAUUAUUGCAGUUUUUAUAAACUGCAAUAAUUACCUUGCAGGGUUAAGUACUCCUCUAGUGGCUGUCUACCAGACAGCCACUAGAGAGACUUCUGGCUUCUUAGACGGCUUUUGGUCGGCUAAACAACGCUGGACGUCCUCAUGCUAUGCAUGAGGAUCUCCAGCGUCGCCGGAAUCCCCAUAGGAAAGCAUUGAACAAUGGCAAUGGCGCGGGCGGAGCCUGACCCAGUGCUGAGGGAGCUGAAUUCAGGUAAGUGAUUAAAGGGGUUUCAACCCUUUCAGCACUGCGGGAUGGUGGGUGGGAAGGAGGGGGCACUCCAGGAUUCUACAAUGCAAGGAAACAGAUUUGUUUUCUUGGCACUAGAGAAUCCCUCUAAGGGGACACUGUAGGCACCCAGACCACUUCGGCUCAUUGAAGUGGUCUGGGUGCAAUGUCCCAUGUCCCUUAACCCUGCAAUAGUAAUUAGUGCAGUUAUUGAGAAAUUACUAUCCAGGGUUAACUCCACCUUUAGUGUCUGUCUACCAGAGGUCCAUUAUCUGACCCUGGAUGUCCUUAUGCUCUGCAUGAGGACCUACAGCAUCAGAUUUUUUCCCCAUAGGGAAGCAUUGAAUAAUGCUUUCUUAUGGGAAAAUCCUAAUGCAAGCGCUGCCAUUUAUGCGCAUUAGGUCUCCCCCACCGACGUCAGCCGGGGCGGAGCCUGACCAAACGCAGAGGGACAUUGGCGCUGGAUUUAGGUUCGUGAAUGAAGGAGUUUUCAGACCUUCAGCACCGCGGGAUGGGGGCAUUGUAGGAUUCUAUAGUGCUAGGAAAGCGGCUUUGUUUUCCUGGCACUAUAGAAUCCCUUUAACCCCUUAAGGACACAUGACAUGUGUGACGUCAUGAUUCCCUUUUAUUCCAGAAGUUUGGUCCUUAAGGGGUUAAAGAGGCAGUGCUACAGCAUAGUUGCAUAGUAGACACUCAUGUCCAGGUAUGAGUAGCUUCUUGCAGAAGGUACUUUAAGAAAUAAGUUUUAGUGUUUAAUUUGUGUCGUUUCUCAUAAUGCAUUAAAGAAAUAGAUUUGUUACACUUGCACUAAUUUUCUUUUUCAGUUUUCAUCUUGUUUGUGGUUUUAUUUUCUUAAAUAUUUUAAAAUGGUUGCAAAAUGUUUUAAAGGGACACUAUAGUCACCAGAACAACUACAGAUUAUGGUAUUUGUUCUGGUGAAUAUAAUCAUUCCAUUCAGGCUUUUUGCAGUAAACUCUGUCUUUUCAGAGAAAAUGCAGUAUUUACAUUACAGCCUAGGGAUAACUCCUCAGAUGGCUACCGGAUGUGCUUCCUGCUACAGUGCUGCACACUGUGCAGUACUGCCAUUCAGUGUCUCCACCCUCUGCAUGAAAACCAUGAACUCUCCACAUAGAGAUGCAUUGAUUCAAUGGAUCUCUAUGAGAAGAAGCUGAUUAACCAGAGCUGUGUUUGACAAGUUUUUGCUCUGCCCCUGAUCUGCCUCCUUGACAGUGAUUGGUUCAGAUAAUCAUUUCUGAUGAUGUCAGCAAAGCAGGCAGAUCAGGGGCAGAGGCAGCAGCUGCAGACUUGAAUACAAAUAAGAUUUUAGAUAGGGAGGCAAUGGGGUGGGAGGGGGAGGUGUUGAGCGGAAUAUGGUUUUACACUAUAGGGUAAGGAAUACAUGUUUGUGUUCCCUAUCCUAAAGUGUUUCUUUAAUUCAGACCUGAUGUAUAACUGCUUGUUUUCAUAUAAAGAGAGGACACUAUAUUAAUACAUUUAUCUAAAUCCUACAAAAAUAAACAUCGAGAUGCCAGUUGCAGACUAAAAUUAAAGUCAAAUGCAGAAAAUGUGGCAAAUUAUUUACAUAAAUGUUUUUUUUUUUGUUAAUAGGACACUGGUCAGGAUGGAAUCUUGUCACCAGCUACCCCAGGAGCAGGCAAAUCUAAGGUAAUAUAUCAGUUUGUUUUUGUUUUUUCUUAAUGUGCUUGCGUUAUAAAAUGUAUUUUCAUGUCUUCUUGAAAAUAUGUCCUUAUUAUUUUGUUUGGUUGUAUUCAUGAAUAAUGGUCCAUUAUUUUAUUCCCCUUUCUUCUCCACCCACAAUGUCACAGAUGGGGCAUGACCUGGUCCAAUACAAUGCUUCUUAUAGAGGAACUUUGGGGUAUAAUGCUUGCUGUGCACACAUUCCAACUUUCCCAUAGGAUAGCAUUGAAUCGAUUCUUUCCUAUAGGGUUUCCACAUCAUGUGAUCGAGUUUUACUUGGUCAGUGCAGGAGAGGACUGGAUGGACUUAACCCUAAAAUGUAAAAUGUUUUACAUUGCAGGGUUAAAAUGACUUGGACACUGCAUCCAGACCACUUCAUUGAGAUGAAGUUGUAUGGGUGACUAUAUUGCUCCUUUAACCCCUUAAGGACCGAGGACGGUUCAGGACCGUCAUCGGCAUUUUUGCGUUGCCGACCGAUGACGGUCCUGAAGCGUCCUUUUUUUUUUUUUUGUUUUUUUUUUUUUUGCAGUUAUCAGUGGGGUACAGAAGAGAAAUGGGGAAGGGGGAAUACCAACAAGUGUUGAAGACAUGGUAUAAUCAUUACAUUACAUUGUGUUGUGCUCCUUCUUAACAAUGCUAUGGUAUAGAGUUCCAUUCACAAGUAAACUCUAAGUUCUGCCUCGUCUAACAUUACUUCCUUGCGUCCUCCUUUGUAAUUCGUGGGUUGGUGGAGGGGAGAGGGGGGGGAGGGGGUAAACCUAUGUACACGUGUGGGAUUUCGUUGUCUAUGUCUUUUCCUACUUUGUCCUUCUACAUGUGUGUAAGCUCAUAGUGGGGGUCCUGAACCGUCCUAACGGUCAGAGCUACUUACCUGAUCGCCGUCGUUCCCCCGGCGGCGAUCAGCGUGGCUCCGGUUGUGGGGAGACUGCCUGCAGCCCAGACAGUCUCCCCACGGCAGAUUAGGACCCCUGUGGCCAUGUGAUCGCUCAACAGAGCGAUCACAUGGUCAUAAUAGGUGUCCAUGUGUCUGCCUGCAGGGGGACUGCCUGUGCUGACAGGCAGUCUCCCUGCAUGUGUAAAAUCAAUAUAAAAAAAAAAAUAAAGUUAAUGUUAAUAAAAAAUAAAUAAAUAAUUAUAUGUGUAUAUAUGAUAUAUAGACAUAUAUUAUAUCUAUAUAAUAUAUGUCUAUAUAUCAUAUAUAUAUAUGUGUAUUUUUAUAUUAAUAUGUACUUAUAUUAAUAUAAAAAUACACUUAUAAUUAAAUUACACACGUGUAUAUAUAUAUAAUAUAUAUAAUAACUAUAUUGUGUAUAUAUAUUAUUAUAAAAUAUAAAUAAUAAGUAAUUUAAAUUAAAUAAUUUUUUUUUAAAUAAUAAAAAAUUAAAAAAAAUUAUAUAGCUAUAUGAAAUUUUAUUCUAACUGUAUUUUAAAAUUAAUAUAUAUAUAUUUAUAUCAAAAUACACUUAGAAUGAAUUUGUAUAUAUAUCUAUGUAUAUAAAAAUAAAUAAAAAUAAUAAGAAAUAUACAUACGUCCAUAUACAAAAUUACAUAAAUAAUUAUAUAAAUAUACACGUAGACUUCAAAUAUAUAAAUAUGCAUAUAUAUUUAAAUUCUACGUGCGUAUUUAUGUAAUAUUUUUACAUAAUUCAGUAAUUUUAUUGAGGGACCUGCCUGCCAACCCAGGCCGAAAUUCCAGAGAAUUUAAUUUGCUAGCACUGUAUUUUACCCUGUAACGUUCUACGACACCCUAAAACCUUUACAUGGGGGGUACUGUUUUACUCGGGAGACUUCGCUGAACACAAAUAUUAGUGAUUCAAAACAGUAAAACAUAUCACAGCGAUGAUAUUGUCAGUGAAAGUGACUUUUUUUGCAUUUUUCACACACAAACAGCACUUUUACUGAUGAUAUAAUUGUUGUGAUACGUUUUCCAGUUUUUAAACACUAAUAUUUGUGUUCAGCGAUGUCUCCCGAGUAAAACAGUACCCCCCAUGUACAGGUUUUAUAGCAUUUUUGAAAGUUACAAGGUCAGAUAUAUGGGUCAAAUAUUUUUACAUUGAAAAUGGCCAGGUUGGUUACGUUGCCUUUGAGAGCAUAUGGUAGCCUAGGAAUGAGAAUUACCCCCAUGAUGGCAUACCAUUUGCAAAAGAAGACAACCCAAGGUAUUGCAAAUGGGGUAUGUCCAGUCUUUUAUAGUAACCACUUGGUCACAAACACUGGCCAAAAUUAGCGUUCAAUUUAGUUUUUUUACUUUUUUCACACACAAACAAAUAUGAAUGCUUACUUUGGCCAGUGUUUUCGACUAAGUGGCUACUAAAAAAGACUGGACAUACCCCAUAUUGAAUACCCUGGGUUGUCUACUUUAAAAAAAAUAUGUACAUGUGGGGUGUUAUUCAGAGAUUUAUGACAGAUAAUAGUGUUACAAUGUCACUAUUGAUAAAUUUUAAAAUGUAUGUUUUGAAACCGCAAUAUCCUACUUGUACCUAUAGCCCUAUAACAUGCAAAAAAAAGCAAAAAAGCACGUAAACACUAGGUAUUUUUAAACUCAGGACAAAAUUUUGAAUCUAUUUAGCAGUUUUUUUCAUUCGCUUUUGUAGAUGAGUAAAAGAUUUUUCAAGUAAAAGUCAAAAUACAUGUAUUUUUUUCAAUUUUUCAUCAGAUUUUUGUAUUUUUUUUUAAAUUAAAAUACAUGAGAUUAUAUAAAUAAUGGUAUGUAAAGAAAGCCCCUUUUGUCCUGAAAAAAACAAUAUAUAAUUUGUAUGGGAACAGUAAAUGAGGAAGCGGAAAAUUACAGCCAAACACAAACACCACAAAAGUGUAAAAAUAUGCCUGGUCGCAAAUGUACAACAUCGCAAAAACAGUCCAGUCCUUAAGGGGUUAAAGGAACACUAUAGUCACCUAAAUUACUUUAGCUAAAUAAAGCAGUUUUAGUGUAUAGAUCAUUCCCCUGCAAUUUCACUUUUCAAUUCACUGUCAUUUAGGAGUUAAAUCACUUUGUUUCUGUUCAUGCAGCCCUAGCCACACCUCCCCUGGCUAUGAUUGACAGAGCCUGCAUGAAAAAAAAAAAAAAACUGGUUUCAUUUUCAAACAGAUGUAAUUUACCUUAAAUAAUUGUAUCUCAAUCUCUAAAUUGAACUUUAAGCACAUACGGGAGGCUCUUGCAGGGUCUAGCAAGCUAUUAACAUAGCAGGGGAUAAAACUCUUAAUUAAACAGAACUUGCAAUAAAGAAAGCCUAAAUAGGGCUCUCUUUACAGGAAGUGUUUAUGGAAGGCUGUGCAAGUCACAUGCAGGGAGGUGUGACUAGGGUUCAUAAACAAAGGGAUUUAACUCCUAAAUGGCAGAGGAUUGAGCAGUGAGGCUGCAGGGACAUGUUCUAUACACCAAAAAUGCUUCAUUAAGCUAAAGUUGUUCAGGUGACUGUAGUGUCCCUUUAAAGCAAAAUCAAUUGAGUGGCAAUCUGCUUUAUUUUAGCAUUCCUCAUAAUUCUUUAAUUGUUAAACAGUAUUUAAAAACAGAAUCAAAACAACUUUAGCUUAAUGAAGCAGUUUGAGUGUAUAGAUCAUAGUUUCUCUGCAUCUUUGCAUCUAGGAGUAAAAUCACUUUUGUUUCUAUCUUGGCAGCUGCAGCUACAUCUCCCCUGGCUAUGACUGACAUGCCCUGCAUGGAAAAAAAAUGUUUAGUUUUCGAUCAGAUCUUUAGACUCCCUUUUUUUUUUUUUCCCCUCCUGCUUUAUAAAUUGAACUUUAAUCACACACAGGAGGCUCCUGCAGGCUAUUAACUAAGCAGGAGAUAAGACAUCCUAAUUUAAACAGACUGUGCAGUAAAGGAAGUUUAAACAUUAGAUACCUCUUUACAGGAAGUGUUUAGAGAUGCGUGUGUCACAUUUAGGAAGGUGUGACUAGGCCUGUAUAAACAAAGUGAUUUAAUUCCUAAAUUACAUAGUAUUGGGCAGCGAGACUGCAGGGACAUGAUCUACACUCUAAAACUGCUUUACUAAGCCAAAGGUUUGGUGCCCAAAGUAUCCCUUUAAGUAACAUGUCUUGGAGUUCCACUAACAAAAUUAUUUUUUAAAAUUUGUAUUUGUUUUCAGCCUAAUUAGAAGCUUUUUAAAAGACUAAAAAAAAGCUUUUUUUUUUUUUUUUCUUCUUCUUCUUCAUUGUUUUGCAGCUGGACUUACUGCCAAAGGAGGAGCUCAUCAAAUUUGCAAAGAAGCAAAUGGUUGUUAUUCAAAAAGUUAAGGGACGAUGCUCAGGUAUGUGUCAAUAUUUAUUGUGUUAAAAACACAGAAGGUCUUUUUUCUUUUGUCGGCGUCAUCAUUUUGGUUGUAUUAAUACAUGCCAGGUUAGAAUUGCUCCCCCAUAGACCAACUCAUUCACAAACGUGGAUAAAUUAUCUAUUUUUGUAAUGGCUUUUACUUAACAUGACCAUUUUGUACAAUGUGGGUUUGAAUAACCAGGCUGGAAAAAUUGCCCCUUUGAUGAUUGGUUUAUUUGUUUUGAACUUUUUCCCAUGCUAACUUGCAAUCUUUUCUUUUUUCUUCUUCAAAAUUAUUGUUUAUGUACAGCAAACUAAUGAAUAAAGCCAUUCGCUCAACAGUACCUCUAUGUAUGAAUUCUGUGUUGUUAGGAAGAUUACAUCUGUCUUUAAGAUAUUAUUUGGAAAUCCUUCAAACUCUGUUUUUUUAUUGGGGUGUUUAUCUGAUCAUUAAGGGCACACAGCUUAGAGUUUGCACAGACUCACUCUACUUAUUGGAAAAAUGACUAUAACAUGUGAUCAUUUGAUAAUAACCAACAUGAUGACAACAGGAACAAACAAGCAUCAAGAUUACAUACUAUACUUCAAACAACUCGCACAAACUGGAUGCAAAAUUAAAUGAGAUUACUUCAAGGGACACUAUAGUCACCAGAACUACAGCUUAUUGUAGUUGUUAGGUGAGUAGAAUCAUUCCCUUCAGGCUUUUUGCAGUAAACUCUGUCUUUUCAAAGAAAAUGCAGUGUUUACAUUACAGUCUAGGGAUAACUCCACUGGCUACUUCUUACAUGGCUACUAGAGGUGCUUCCUCGGGCAGUGCUGCACACUGUGCAGUUCUGCCAUUCAGUGUCUCCGCCUUCUCUAUUCAGACUCAGAACUUUUCUCAUAGAGGUGCAUUGAUUCAAUGGAUCUCUAUGAGGAGUUGCUGAUUGGCCAGGGCUGUGUUUGACUUGUGCUGGCUAUGCCCGUGAUCUGCCUUCUUGACAGUCUCAGCCAAUCCUAUUGGAAAGCAUUGUGAUUGGCUCACAGAAUCACUUCUGAUGUCGUCAGGCAUGCAGGCAGAGGAAGCAGCUGAACACUUGAAUACAAGUAAGAUUUUACUAUAUUUAGGGAGGCUAAAUGGUGGUACCUGACCUUAUAGUGUUCCUUUAAAAAAUUUUUCACUUUUUUUUUUAUUUUUUGGGGCAGCUAAAGUGUAUACUGCAAAUUAAGUGAACAUACUCAUGUUGAUCAGGACUGCAUAUCCUGCAUGUAUUUCCUGGAAUCUAUAGGUCAAUAAUAAAGGCGUAAAGGUAGGCAGACAAUGUAAUAGAGCAGCAGGAAAUGCUUGGUUGUAUAGGGAGAGGUAUUGGCAGUAGAAAGAGGGAAGUGCUCAUGCCAUCGUACAGAACACUGGUGAGACCUCACUUGGAGUAUUGUACGCAGUACUGGAGACCAUAUCUCCAGAAGGAUAUUUAUACUUUAGAGAGAAUUCAGAGAAGGGCUACUAAACUGGUUCAUGGAUUGCAGGAUAAAACUUACAAGGAAUGGUUAUAGGAACUUAACAUGUAUAGCUUGGAGAAAAGACGAGACAGGGGGAUAUGAUAGAAACAUUUAAAAACAUAAAGGGAAUCAACACAGUAAAGGAGGAGACUAUAUUUAAAAUAAGAAAAACUACCACAACAAGAGGACAUAGUCUUAAAUUAGUGGGGCAAAGGUUUAAAGCAGAGCUGUCCAACCUGCGGCCCUCCAGAUGUUGCUGAACUACAACUCCCAUGAUUCUUUAAAUGAAACAGAUGGCCAGGGAAUCAUGGGAGUUGUAGUUCAGCAACAUCUGGAGGGCCGCAGGUUGGACAGCCCUGGUUUAAAGGUUAGUGGAUGCAUGGAAUAGUCUUCCAGCUGAAGUGGUAGAGGUUAAGCAUGCCUGGGAUAGGCAUAAGGCUAUCCUAACUAUAGGAUAAGGCCAGGGACUAAUGAAAGUACUUAGAAAAUUGGGCAGACUAGGUGGGCCGAAUGGUUCUUAUCUGCCGUCACAUUCUAUGUUUCUAUGUAAUAACUGAAUCUGAAUAUCUUUAAAACUUUUACUAUUCAAAAAGUUCAACCAGCAGCUUUAUAGAUACGCUAAGCACCAAAACAACUUUUAGCUUAAAGGAACACUAUAGUAUUGGAAUACAAACAUAUAUUCCUAAUAUUAUAGUGCUGGACUAUCUGUUUAGAUGUCUAGCCCUCCCCUCACCUCCCCGAUUGGUCGUGAAAAUGUAUUCUACUUAGAUGUAUUUCUCCAUCAUUGCACUGGUCUCCGUACCAGGUUGCAAGACCUAACUCAGGAAGACCCUUUGGCGACUGUCUGAGAGAGUCACUGUCUGAGACAGUCACUAGAGAAGUUCUUAGGCAGUAAUGUAAACACUGCCUUUUUGCUGAAAAGGCAGUGUUUACAAUGCUGGGCCUGCAGGGACAUGCUAUAGCCACCCAAACCACAUUAGUCUGCCGUGGCUUUGGUGACUAUAGUGUCCCCUUUUGAAGUCUCUACCAUGCAGGCAUGAAACUGUUAAGGACGGAAGCAAUUGUACAAGUCCUGAAACAAAAAAACCUAGAAUGUGUUUGUAACUGUAACUUAAGAGCUUUUCUAUAAGUCCUCCCAUACAUAUAUAUUGGGUUGUUUUUUUAAAGGGCAGAAAGCUCUUUCUUUUAAUAUCCUAUAUGUAUGCCUAACACACCAUUAACAGUGUUAAAAAUUGGGUUGUUUUAUGUUACACAUCUAGUAAAAAAAAAAAAAAAGAAGAAAAAAAAAGCUCAGAAUAGAUUUGCAUAUCAGUCCUGAUUAUUAAAUAUUGAUUAAUACCUGGGUCUCCCUGGUGUGAGCAGGAAUUUAACCCUGCUCACACUGCAUUGCAGAAAUAGACAUUUAAAUGGCUGUAGCAGCGCUGACAGUCUGGUGCUACUAAAAUCUAUUGAUACCGGAGUCUUCUGAUGCGAGCAGGGAUUUAACCGUGCUCAAACCACAUUGCAGUCAAUGGGGAUUUAAUUACCCCUUUAAUGGGCUGUAUGCAGCUCUCACUUUGAGCAUCUGCCAGUCUGGUGAUGUUAAAAAGGGCCCCAAACGAAACUGGGGAGGCCCAAGUAUUGAUUCAUAUCUAGGUGUGAGCAAGAAUUUAACCAGGCUCACAGUAUACUGUUAGGAUGUGUAUACAAAAAAAUUGGGGAGUAUCUGCAAGGAUUUAAAGACCAUUAAGUAUAUUUGAGGGGGUGUAAAAGGACUGGGGAGGGUUAGUUAUUCACUUUGGAUUGUUACCUGACACUGUCAAGUCCCUUAGGAAAUCCUUCACACAGUCGAAACGCGUAGGUCGCGUAGUGGUGACUUUUCAUCACUACAUCCACUGUUUUAAACAUAUAUGUAAGUCAAUAAAUUGCUUUUUAUUACACACACUCGGAUUUGCACUACAAUUUUAUUUUUUAUUUUCUUGAGCAUAUGUUCUAGAGCCUACAUAAAGUGAUUUGAAUAAAUCCAGAAGAUUUAACCCCUGUAGGGAACUAUAUACAAGGCUUUAUUAAUUUGUGGAAAGUGUGAGUGGCCAUUUGGAUUUGCACUAUUUUGGCACCUUAUCCACACAGUUAUAUGCUAUGUUGUUUUGCCUUCUAUUGUUUUAGCAGAUACUCCCCAGUUUUUUUGUAUACAUAUUCUGUGGAAGACAAGAGGAAGUCUUUGGGGUACUCUCGAAGCUUUACCUUAUACAGGGAAGUUUCUUUCUUCUUAUAUUUUAUUUUCACUAAAUGCACUUUUUUUGUGAACACAAAUAUCGUUUGGUAUUUGCACUCUAAUGUUAGGAUGUGUCAAUAUGUCCUAACAGCGUUAAAGACCCCUAUAGUUAGGAUGUGUAUUUCUAUUAUAUAACUUUUAUUUACUUUAUUGCCUUAUUAAUAUACACAAGCAAAUCAUACAUGUAGACACAUGCCAGCCUUUUGUAUAACUCCUGAGUCCAUAAGGUUUAUAGAAAAACAAUGUUUUAACCUCUGUGUCACUGGCAUUAUAGUGCAAGACUCAGCAAAUGUAGUGUGUGUAACUAGCCAUUUGUCUAAAAUUUUAAAAAUGUUUCUUCCAGAUCUUGAGAAAGAAGUAGAGGUGCUCAAAUCAAGACCAGUUAAAGAAGAGAACAAUGAUGUUUUACAGGUAAAGAGAGUUUUCAAUUUCUAUUUUAUUUAGCUUGAUGUUUCUAAGGGCAGAUUUCUUACAUUUUCUAAAUGCUGCUGAGUUUUAUAGACUUCCUCUGUGGGGAUUCAUGGAAAAUUAUCCGUGAUUCUAGAAGGGAAAGAUAUUGAGUUUCUCUAAGAUUCUGUCCGUUCUCAUAUUCUUUGUUUUUACUUCAAUGCGUUAACUUGGCUCUCCCCAAGUUAAAAGGGAAAUCCAGACGUGGACCCGUGCUCACUGUGCUUGGAGGGGUAUCAGCUACACCUCACUGAUGAGGCCCAAAGAAGGCAGAAACGAUUGUCUGGGGUUGCUGUAUCUCUUGUGCACAGGGAACUUGCUGGCAUUUCGGUUCUGGGCUGCCCGUACGGGUGGGACCAGUCUGAUAUGCUUCAGGUAUGUUCUCUCUGUAAUGGCACAAGUGAGCAAAAAUUACUUUUGAGACCUGCGUGGGGAUUUACCGAAGGGCAAGCUAUUUAGUUUCUCUAGGCUUUUGUCUGUUCUCAGAGUUCUUAUAUUCCUUGUUUUUGAUUCUACAAAGGACACUUAAAGAGGUGCUUUCACUUCUCUGCAAAUGCAGAAAUGUUAAUGGCGCGCAUUGAAAUGUCCCCGUAGAAAAUCAUUGAUUUAAUGCUUUCAUAUGGGGGAUUCCGCAUCAUGUGACUUUUCUUUACUUGGUUAGUGCAGCAGAAGCACUAUUAGAGAUGGAUUGAACACUGCAAUGUAAACAGGAACCCUGUUUGCAAUGUAAACAGGAACCCAGACCACUUCAUUGAGAUGAUGUGCUCUUUUAGACUAUAGUGUCCCUUUAAGCUUAUUACCAGACUUGGAUCCCAAAAGUAUAUAUAAUUUUUUUAAAUGUAGACACCCAUCUCUGUUAAAACAGAACUUUCUCGUCUUUGAAAAUCAUUUACACCAUUAAAUAAAACAUUGAAAAUCACCUGUCAACUAUGUUAACUCUUUCAUGCUCCACGGCACAUGUUGCAUUUGAGGAAGAGAACAGAAAUAACUGCUUGUUAGAAAAGGGUAGCAUUUAUAGCUGUGAAUGAUGGGCAGCCAAGAUGAAGGCUCCUAAUUCCAAUAUAGGUGUCUGGAUUUCUACAUAUUUAGUUUAAAAAGCGCUAGAAGAUAAUAUUUGCUAAGUAUACAAAAAGAUGCCAGGUUAUUUACUAAAGUGAGAAUUCAACUAAAAAAGUUCUCCAGGUCAGCUAUGCUUUGAUCCAACCUUGAAUUCUCACUUUAGCGAAUAACCCUGGUAAUAUUAAAAUUCCUGAGAACUGACAUUAACCGUUUUAACCUAGGGGUGUUUUGCAACAUUUGACGUUAUAGAAUUUUGGUACAUAUAAAACCAUAUAUUCCCGGUCUUAUUGUGUUUUACACCCCACCUCCUACAGAUUGUAAACUUGUUUGAGCAGUGUCCUCUUCAACCUUUCGUUCCUGUAAGUUUUUUUGUAAUUGUCCUAUUUAUAGCUAAAUCCCCCCUCUUACAAUAUUGUAAAGCGCUAAGGAAUCUGUUGGUGCUAUAUAAAUGGCAAUAAUUAUAAUAUAUUAUUUCACAAAAGUGAGUACACUCCUCACAUUUUUGUAAAUAUUUUAUUAUAUCUUUUCAUGUGACAACACUGAAUAAAUGACACUCUGCUACAAUAUAAAGUAGUAAGUGUACAGCCUGCAUAACAGUGUAAAUUUGCUGUCCCCUCAAAAUAACUCAACACGCAGCUAUUAAUGUCUUAACCGUUGGCAACAAAAGUGAGCACACCCCCUAAGUGGAAAUGUCCAGAUUGGGCCCAAUUAGCCAUUUUCCCUCACCGGUGUCAUGUUACUCGUUAGUGUUACAAGGUCUCAGGUGUGAAUGGGGAGCAUGUGUGUUAAAUUUGGUGUUAUUGCUCUCACACUCUCUCAUACUGGUCACUGGAAGUUCAACAUGGCACCUCAUGGCAAAGAACUCUCUGAGGACCUGAAAAAAAGAAUUGUUACUCUACAUAAAGAUGGCGUAGGCUAUAAGAAGAUUGCUAAAACCCUGAAACUGAGCUGCAGCACGGUGGGCAAGACCAUACAGCGGUUUCACAGGACAGGUUCCACUCAGAACCGGCCUCUCCAUGGUCAACCAAAGAAGCUGAGUGCACAUGCUCAGCAUCAUAUCCAGAGGUUGUCUUUGGGAAAUAAACAAAUGAGUGCUGCCAGCAUUGCUGCAGGGUUUAAAUGGGUGGGGGGGGGGGGUCAGCCUGUCAGUGCUCAGACCAUACGCUGCACACUGCAUCAAAUUGGUCUGCAUGGCUGUCGUCCCAGAAGUAAGACUCUUUUAAAGAUGAUGCACAAGAAAGCCUGCAAACAGUUUGCUAAAGACAAACAGACUAAGGGCAUGGAUUACUGUAAACCAUGUCCUGUGGUCCGAUGAGACCAAGAUAAACUUAUUUGGUUCAAAUGGUUCAAGCAUGUGUGGCGGCAACCAGGUGAAGAGUACAAAGACAAGUGUGUCUUGCUUACAGUCAAGCAUGGUGGUGGGAGUGUCAUGGUCUGGGCCUGCAUGAGUGCUCCCUGCAUUGGGGAGCUACAGUUCAUUGAGGGAACCAUGAAUGCCAACUUGUACUGUGACAUACUGACGCAGAGCAUGACCCACUGCCUUCGGAGACUGAGCCGCAGGGCAGCAUUCCAAUAGGAUAACGACCCCAAACUCACCUCCAAGACGACCACUGCUUUGCUAACGAAGCUGAAGGUAAAGGUGAUUGACUGGCCAAGCAUGUCUCUAGACCUAAACCCUAUUGAGCAUCUGUGGGACAUUCUCAAACGGAAGGUGGGGGAGCCCAAGGUCUACAACAUCCACCAGCUUUGUGAUGUCAUCAUGGAGGAGUGGAAGAGGACUCCAGUGGCAACCUGUGAAGCUCUGGUGAACUCCAUGCCCAUGAGGGUUAAGGCAGUGCUGGAAAAUAAUGGUGGCCACACAAAAUAUACUUUGUGCCCAAUUUGGACAUUUCCUCUUAGUGUACUCACUUUUGUUGCCAACGGUUUAGACAUUAAUGGCUAUGUGUUGAGUUAUUUUGAGGGGACAGCAAAUUUAAACUGUUAUACAGGUUGUACACUUACUACUUUACAUUGUACCAGAGUGUCAUUUCUUAAGUGUUGUCACAUGAAAAGAUAUAAUAUAUUUACAAAAAUGUGAGGGGUGUACUCACUUUUGUGAGAUAUAUAUAUUCAAACCGACUACUUACCAUUUCAUUUUUUUUAAACUUUUGCUAUUUGCUUGUAAAUGCAAAAAGAGACACAGCACCCAGACCACUUCAAUUAGCCAAAGUGGUGUGGGUGCCUGGAGUGUCCCUUUAAAGGACCACUAUAGUGCCAGGAAAACAUACUCGUUUUCCUGGCACUAUAGUGCCCUGAGGGUGCCCCCACACUCAGGGUCCCCCUCCCGCCCGGCUCUGGAAAGGGGAAAAGGGGUUAAACUUACCUUUUUCCAGCGCUGGGUGGAGAGCUCUCCUCAUCCGCCCCGUCGGCUGAAUGCGCACGCGCGGCAAGAGCUGCGCGCGCAUUCAGCUGGUCACAUAGGAAAGCAUUCUCAAUGCUUUCCUAUGGACGCUGGCGUGCUCUCACUGUGAAAAUCACAGUGAGAAGCACGCAAGCGCCUCUAGUGGCUGUCAAUGAGACAGAAACUAGAGGGAAUGGGGGAAGGCUUAACCCAUUGAUAAACAUAGCAGUUUCUCUGAAACUGCCAUGUUUAUGAAAAAAUGGGUUAACCCUAGAAGGAGCUGGCACCCAGACCACUUCAUUAAGCUGAAGUGGUCUGGGUGCAUAGAGUGGUCCUUUAAUACUGGAAACCUUCUGGAAAAUAAAAUCAAACUUGAUUCUUUCUUAUACCUGUGCUGCAUGUACCUGUGACUUGUGUAUUUACUUGUAUAUUCCUCCCUCUUCUGCUAGGCACUCAGUGAAAGACUUGACUCUGUUCUUUUAGAAAAAGCUGAAAUUCAGCAGCAGUUGGUCAUUCUGAAAAAAGAAAAUGCAAAAACAAAACAUGAACCUGAGGUAAUUCUGUUUUGCUUUCUUCUCUACAUCUACUCAAAAUCAAAUAAGGUGGCAAUUGUGGAAAAUUGACAAUGGAAUUGCACAGUUUAGUUAAAAAGGUGUUGUUUUUUUUGUUUUGUUUUUUCUCAAUUUAUCUAUUUGCAUCUAAAAUUUGUUACUUCUUUAUCAAUUCUCCACAAUUUCUGUUUUAGUGACUUAUUUAUAGCAUUAUUCAUAGCACAGGUGUUAGCAAUUUUAAGAUAAAAUUAUCGUAUUUUUAUAAUUCUUUAAAUCACCUCUGUCAUGCCAAAGUUAUCUUUCUCAAAUAGUUUCCUCUUCUCUUCCUCCAUUUAAAUCUUUUAUUAAUACCUAGUAACUUGUCUUAUGUAUCUUUCCUCCUCUUGAGAAAUCGAUUUGUCAAGUCCCCUUGUCUCGUCCUUUCUUUAUAAUCUCGCUAACCAUCCGUCCAUUCUGCAUACUUAUCAGGAUCUGUUUCCACUCCAACCCUUGGCAAUCUUCAGAACCUCGCCUCCUCUUUGACGUAGCUGUUCAUCUCUGCUCCUGUCCUACUUGAUUAUUGUAUCUACGAAAUACUCCUAAAACUCCAGCAGCCCACAAUAUCUCCUCUUCACUCCCACUCCCAGCUAACUCUGCUUCUCCAAGCCACAAACUCCACGACUCCAACUCCCUAGACCACAAUGUAUGUAACUGCUCCAUGCCAGCCCUCAACUCCUCCACAUGAGGGGGAAAGAAAACAGUCGGCAUGCGUAUUAUUUAAAGUGUACGUGAAGGCAGCAAUGACUUUGGCAAUAGGUUGGAUAGAAUUCUUGCAUUAAUAUCAUGGAAUUAUGAUGAAUAGAAGAGAAAGCAAUACAUGGGGGUCAUUUAGGACUUAGUGAAUCGUAGGGAGGACAAUAAAACAAAAUCGGGUUGGCUACUUUUAGAUCUAUUUUCAUAAAUGUUUUAUUUAAAAAAAAUAAUUUUUUUAAAUAUUCACUUUUCUCAGUCAGUCUCUUUAGCUUUCCAUUCAUUCACAAUCCAUUUAACUCUGAAUUAUCAAAAUACUACCUUUUUAAUUAAUUUAAAGGACCACUAUAGUGCCAGGAAAACAUACUCAUUUUCCUGGCACUAUAGUGCCCUGAGGGUGCCCACACCCUCAUGGCCCCCCUCCCCCUGGGCUCUAGGGGGUAGAAGGGGUUAAACUUACCUCUUUCUCCAGCGCUGGGCAGGGAGACUCUCCUCCAUCUUCUUCUGUCACCGGCUGAAUGCGCAUGCGCGGCAAGAACCGCGAGUGCAUUCAGCCAAUCCAUAGGAAAGCAUUCUCAAUGCUUUCCUAUGGACGCUGGCGUUUUCUCACUGUGAAAAUCACAGUGAGAAGCACGGAAGCCCUCUAGCGGCUGUCAAUGAGACAGCCACUAGAGGCUGGAUUAACCCAUAGGUAAACAUAGCCGUUUCUCUGAAACGGCUAUGUUUACAGAAAAAAGGGUUAAUCCUAGCUGGACCUGGCACCCAGACCACUUCAUUAAGCUGAAGUGUUCUGGGUGCCUAUAGUGGUCCUUUAAUUAGAGCCAAUUUCAUUCAUCAGCAGUUUAUCGGCUCCAGUACAUCCAUCCCAACUUAUAUUUUUAAAAUAGACUCCACCUGCGGCCACUAGAUCCCCUCCUUGAUUAUAUUAAUAGCCCAUACCUGCUGCCCAUGGUUGGAGGCUGAGGGGGAGUGGGGCAAACACUAGAAUGCACCACCCCACUUUUAUUUAGUAGCCCACCACACUCUGUUCACAGAGCAGGGUGUUGGACAGUUACCUGUCCACUCACUAUUAUUUGUGAGUCUCCACCUGAUGCACACAGGUAGAGGACCUGUGCAAAGCCUCCUCCAUACUUUACUAGCAGCUAGUCACUAUUUUUUAAUUUUAUUACAGUGAGCAACAGCUAACUGCUCACUGUUUAGUGCCCCAAACUAUCUGCAUUGAGUGAGGGCAUGUCUACUAAAUAUUUGGGUCAUAUUGAUUCCAAUGGGCUUUUUGUUUUGUUUUGGUUUUUUUAAUGAAAAAAUAAGGUUAUGUUACUAAUAAAGACUGAUAAAUGUGCUUCUGAUGCAUCUUUAUUGGCGGUUUUGUUUUGAGCUGCUGGCUCUUUAAUCAGGUUUGGCUGCUUGAAUUUUGGCUGGCAUUUAUUCAAGACAAAUUUUGAUUAAAAAAAAAAAUAUCAAGCAAUAAUCCUCAACUGGUUUCUGAGAAUAGAAUUAAAUCAAGACAUACUUUAGAAAUCAGAGAUAUAAAAUUAUAGAAUGAUAUGAAACAUGUGGUUGAUUAGAACAAAGCUAUAUAUAAUUCUAAAAAUACAAACAUGAAGUAAAACAUAGAAGUAUAAGACUCUUUACAUAAAGCAUGCUUUACAUUUUUCAUUGUUGUAAAUGUAUUUACAUUUUUUAGGAUGCUGAGACAAAAAGAUCGGAGCUACAGAAAUCUUGGGAAGGGUCGCACAACAGCUUAUUAAAAGAGGUAGAAACAUUAAAGUAUGAGCUGCAGCAAACUCGAUGCAGGCAAAAAGACGAGGUGGAUUCGAUGCAAAGAGAGCUGCAAGAUGCUAUUGAAAGACAAAAUGCUCUUUCAGAUUCCCUACAGUUAUGUGAAGAUAAAAAAGCAGAGAGUAAAAAACUGGAAGAAGAAGUUCAACAGCUCCACAGAGCCUACAAAGAACAGAUAUCUGAUUUAAACAAAGCUUUGCAAUCCGUCACAGAAGAGAAAAAUCAGGAAAUCGCCAAGCUCAAAGAUGCAGCGUUGUCAUGUUCAGAAGAGUACUGUGCUAAGACCCAAAACCUUAAUGAGGAACUUUUAAAGCUUGGUUCUGUACACCAGACUGAAGUGUCCGAGCUAAUGAAUAAGCUUGAGUAUGUAGCAAAGCAAUAUGAGAGUGAGAAGGAGAAAACGCAAGACCUGAUUAAACAGUAUGAAAAUAAAGAGAGGUUGUUGAUUGAAGAAACCGAGAAAAAAGCAAAGUAUGAGUGUGAAAUCCAAAUUCUCAGAGAAAAACUAGAGAACCAUAGUAGUACUUUUGAUAGUACACCUGUAGAACAAGGUAAAGCUGAACACCUGGAAGGCCUUUUGGCUGAGUUAGAGUCUCGGCACAGCAUUCUGAGAGAUGAGCUUACCUAUACAAACAAUGUGAAAGCCGAAUUGGAAAUGGAAGUACAACAACUAAAAGCGGAGUAUUUUCACGAACGAGAAGACCUGGAAUUCAAGAUAAAUGAGUUGCAACUUGCAAUAGAAGACUACAAUAAUUUAACAGAGAAAUUACAAUCUCAACUUCAGACCACAAAAACAGAGUUUGAGAGACUGAGGACAGAGCAAAGCAAGGGAAUCCAAGAUAUGAGAGAACAGCACAAGAAAGAAAUAGCAGAGUUGAAACAAGCAAUAUCAGCACGCUUUGAAAAUGAGAGAUCAACAUUAACAGAUGAAAUAAAUGUUCUUAAGGAACAGUGUGUUAAACUUGAGGAGGAAAAAGAAGAGGCACUAAGUAAUUAUGAUUCCAUCAAGCAAACACUUCUUAACUUUGAAAUGGAACUUGGUGAAUCUGCUGGCAAGAUCAGCAAAGAGUUUAAAGCAAUGAAAGAGCAACAGGCCACCGAUGUCCAUGAGCUUCAGCAGAAACUGAGAUCUGCCUAUAAAGACAAGAAUGACUUGAUGGAAACUGUGAACAGGCUAAAGGCCGAGGCAGAGAAUUUAUCUUCCAAGAAAACUGAAUAUGAUGAACUUCAGCUUCAAAUUAGUCACCUGCAGAAGAUGAAUGAAGAGAUUAUGGCAUCACUGUCCCAAAAAGAGGAGAUUCUAAAAGACACAGAGGUCAAAUUUAAUCAAAAUACAGUGCAAAACACAGAGAUGGCCUCCAGUAUUAGUUCAUUAAGUGAGAGACUAUCAGAACUGCAGACAAUGUGCAAAAGCGAGGAAGCAAAGAAUUUGGCUUUACAGCAGGAAGCUGAAUCUCAGGCAAAAUGUAAUGCUGAAUUGAAAGAAACCAUAGACGAGUUAACUAAACAACUAGAGGAAUCUAUGAGCAGCAGUCACCAGAAUCAAGGUUGUGUCAACAGUCUCCAACAGCAAAUGGAUAUGUUGGUUCUUGAGAAGCAAAAGAUGGAGAUAGAGUUACAAAAUGGCAACAAUAAUGUUUCAAGACUUGGAGAAGAAAACAAUAUGCUCGUCAGAGAGCUUGAUAAGCUUAAGACUGAACAUGAUGACUGCCUCACAUUAAGAAAUGAACUUGAGGAAAUGAGAAUUAAAUUGCAAGACAUUGCAGAAGGCAAGGAAUGUACAGAAAAGUUGCUUGAAACGGAGAAACACCAGAUUGAAGCAAUACAAUGUCAGCUUAUUGUUGUUAUGGAGGCAUUGUCACUUGAGAAUAAUGAAGAGCAAGAUCUAAUACUUGAGCUUCAAACAAUCAGUGCUGCAGUGUGUCACCUGAAUCAAGAAAACCAACAUCUGACAUCACAGAUAGAUGAGAAAUCUGUUCAACUUGGGAGACUACAGGAAGAAUUAGAGUCUCAGUGUGCCGAGUUAAGAGCUUUAUCAAGUGACUACUCUAAAGAGAAAAUGCUGUUGAAGGAGGAAUUAGAGGAAACCCUUGCAGACAAAGAAGCCCUGCAAAUGGACCUGCUAGAGAUGAAAAUUGCACUCGAAAAAGCAAAGCUGGAAAAUCAGGACCUCCUUUCUCACACAGAAAAGCUUGCUGCAGACCUGGAGUGUAUUGAGAAACCGAAGACAUCGACUAAUAUAGAGUCCAAUCAGGAAGAUGUAGAAAAUAAGGAUUCUAGUAUCCAUGCGCUUACACAAGAACUGGACUCCGCUAAGGUUAGUUGUUGCAUUUUGAAAAGUGUGUUAUCCCAUCUAUUCAUACUUUCAUAUCCAUCUAAAACUCCCAAAAUAACCAUAUGCAAUCACUGAAAUCAUCAACAUCUUGGAAGGUCUGAGCACUAGACAAAUUCCCUAAAUUUUUAUGGAGAUUUUUUUUUUUUUUUUUACAGAUUGUACCAUUUUGGCCAGUGAUUAGAUAUAUAGUGCAAAUUUAAAAAUUACUCUUAUGCACCAUGAUAUCUCAUGUUGGACUUUGGAAGGUUUCCCUUAGGCACAGAAACUCUAGAAAUCAUCUUCCCCCACUGUGCAAAAAAAAUAAUCUACAAAUAUCCCACCGUCCCCAACUUGGCAUGCAGAUGAGCACAGACUUCAUUCAUGAUUUCUCGAGUAUCUGUGUCCCGGGGGGACUUCUCAAAGUUCAACUUGAGAUAAGACGUGAUGCAUAACCAUAAUUUAUAAUUCUACUGUGCAAAUGUUUUAGGCAGGUGUGAAAAAUGCUGUAAAGUAAGAAUGUUUUUAAAAAAUAGAAAUGUUAACAGUUUAUUUUUUUUAUUAGUUAACAAAAUGCAAAGUAAGUGAAUGUAAUACUUGUGGAAAAGUUAUUUGGAACUCAUCCGCAGUUUGUUUCUGUCACUUUAAGAAAAUAAUAUUGAUGGAAAUAAAACAAUUUUGCUUUGGCAAACUUCUGUUGUAAUAAGAUUCUAAAAUGAUAAUGCAUGAGCAAAGAUAAUCUUGCAGGUUAUUGGUUCAAUCUGAAUCGAUUGGCACAUAAAUUAAAUAUGGCAAUUCAUUAAUUAGGAACAUAUAAAGUUAUUUUACUUCAGCAAUACUAACACAAAGGUAAUUCUUCUUAGUAAAUGAAACCGAGUCCUUUUGGUUCUGGCAGAAGUAAUAAAUGAAUAGGUCUCAUUAAGAGAUGAGUAGUUGAAUCCCAGAUGGCAGACAAUUAUAUUCCUUCUUAUCCUUCCCAAUAACUUCAGGCGCGAACCAAUUAAUAAUCCCAAGAACUGGAGAACUUAUUUUGCUUACUUUGAAUGAUGUGCAAGUCCUUUCCAGAAAUUAUGAGGGUUAUGGUUCCUCGAAGUAUGUAGAGGAAUAGAGAAAGUGGAGAGAUCAGCGUAGUCGGGAGUAAGCCAUUGGAUUCGGUACACAGAGAAGACAGUGUUGUCAGGAGCAAGCCAGAUGGUUGGGUACACGGAGAAGCUAGAAGUAAAGCUCAGACAGCAAUCUGAAGCAAAGUAGCAAGUAUGCAAGAGGCACAAAUUGAUUGAGCAAUCUUGAUUAGUUUGCAGCUUCCUUUUCAAAGGGAAGUGUGUUACGUCAGAUGGAUCGACGAAACCCAGAAGUCAUACAGGUAAUGCCGAUCGGACAGGAAACAUUAUGGAGGAAUUCUGACAGUGAACAGAAGGAAAAUGAAUCAUUAUUCCCUCACUUUGCAUUUUGAUAAAAAUGAUAACUGUUUACAUUCCUGUAUUCGAAAGCAUUCUGUGGUUGAGCUCCUGUACCCCGACCGAAUACCUUUGCCCAGUCCACUUCCUAGCCGCUUUCUGGGAUCCUGUAACACUUCAGCCCCAAUAGCCAAAGUUUGACUGAGGUAUCUCUCUGGAAUGCUCUUCUUCCAGGCAGGUAUUGUCCCCUCUGACUAUUCCUCUGCAGCUCUCUUUCCCAGGCAGGUGUCCACACUUCUGCCCACUCUGUGAAUAGCUCUAGCUUUUAUAAAGGCACUUGUGGCUUUUAGGCCUACAUCUCUUUUUGACUUGACCCAGGCUAGAAGGUUCGUGCAGCCAGCCAAUUAGUUCAAAGACUCUAUUAAUGAAAUUCCUAAACAAAUCCACACAGGACACACCAUUCCAAAAGGAACUAACAUAAUCUUUAUUUUGGACAAGGAUUAGCCUUUGAGGACUAGUCCUGAAACAUGUGGUGACAAACAUUUAAAAUAUAUAUAUAUAUAUAUAUAUAUAUCUAUAUAUAUAUAUAUAUAUAUAUAGAUAUAUAUAUAUAUAUAUAUAGAUAUAGAUAUAUAGAUAUAUACACACAACAUUGGAGAAUGAGCAAUUUAUAAUUAAUACAUGGACUGUAUAAUGCAAGUAAUAUUUCCAAACACAAUAAAAAGCAACAAUAUAUACAUUUCGUCUUACAGUUUAUCCUCGGAUCUCGAAUUUAAUCCAUUCGAGAAGGCUGUACGAGAUCUGAUUUGUUCAAGAACCAAAUCAAAAAUUCCCAUAAGAAUUAAUGUAAAUUAAUCCAUUCCAGAUCCCCAAAAGUACAACAUUUUAACACAAAGUUUACAGUUUAAUACCUUACAUGCCUAAAGUCAUACAGAAAAACAUUAAACAAUGUAAAUGAAAUUAAAUUUUAACUUUGCUUCACCUGUAAUGAUGAGAGUUGAUGGCAUAAGUGGAAAGGAGAAGAGAUGUUAUUGUUUGGAUGGGGAGUCCCCUUCCAUAAUCACAAUAGGUAACUGUUCUUCUGGCAUUUUUUCCCUUGAUCGUUUCACACCACUGACACCUUGUUGAGACUCACUGGACCUUUUCUUCACAAAAAUAUUUUUAAGUGAGACUUGUUGCCUAUGUUUUAAAAUUUGUCUUAAGUAAGACAGAGCAUUCCUCAGAUGCCGUCUGUUGCUGCUCCAUUUCUUAAAGACAUAAUAUCCUCAACAACAGGAGCAUCCUGUUUAAAACCCUCUCACAAUUUUCCUCUUGAGUUGGCUAAUGUUCUUGGGAUCCAUGGUGAGUUUUUGUGCAACUAAGGGCUGACAGAAUGGAGCUCUGUUCGCUUUGUCUAGCGCUAACAACUGAUGCGUCAUACCAACGAGGUACCAAUAAAAUAAAUUCUGCAAAAUCUCUUCGCUUACCUAGCUUUUGUUCUGGUUCUGCCACAUUUUUAUUUUUUUUUCUCAAUUUUUUUUUUGACUACCUAAUUGUUCAGGUAAAGGACUGUUUGAGUUCCAAUGUUCCCUGUAUUUUGUUGCCCUAAUUUGCAUAGCAGCAUUAUGCAAAUGUGCACACUUCUAUGCACUCAGCAGAGGGCACUGCAGAAUUAUCAAAGUAACAAUGUGUAGUCUGUACAUUGAUUGCUGUUCACACACCUCUUUUAGGGGCUCUUGGGACCGAACUUCUGUCGCACGUUCUUACUUUACAGCAUUUUUUUACUAUCUUUAAUCAUGUUUGUAAAUGGCAUGUAACAACAUACAUUUUCAGAAACAAGAGCAUGUAUCCUAAGAUUAGAAAGUUGAGCUGACAGAAAAAUAUUACUUUUUCUUUAGACUUUCUUAGCAUAUCAUGACAUUGUUUGGAGCAAAGAGGAGAGGAAUGAUGCAGGUUAACAUUUCUCUGUAUAAAUAAAUAUAUAUGUAUGUAUGUCUGUAUUUGUGGUCGGAAACAUAAUAAUAUGCGUGAUUCGAGUUAAUGCAAAGUUGGUUGGGGUGUGCCAUAACCAAGGUACUGGUAGGCCUGUAAUAAAAAGAGGGCCCACCAAGAAUAUAAAAGUAUAAGGGGUGGGGUGGAUGGGAUAACCUGAACGAGAAUGGCAUAUAUACACUGAACAAAAUUAUAAACGCAACACUUUUGUUUUUGCCCCCAUUUUUCACGAGCCGAACUCAAAGAUCACAAUAGGCCUUUUUCUCUCAAAUAUUGUUCACAAAUCUGUCUAAAUCUGUGCUAGUGAGCACUUCUCCUUUGCUGAGAUAAUCCAUCAGCAUGAUUAUUGCACAGGUGUAUAUGUAUAUAUAAUAUAUAUAUGUGUGUGUGUGUAUAUAUGUAUAUAUAUAUAUAUAUAUAUAUAUAUAUAUAAAACAAGAGGGGGUUGGCUGCACUCACCUUAACAUGCAUAAAUGGGUAUCUUGUGUAUUAUAUAUAUAUAUAUAUAUAUAUAUAUAAUUUGCUUGUUGGGCUAGGAUAAUUGUUGAAAAGUGUUUUCUUGAAUUUACUCUAUCCUUCUAUAGACUUCCCAGGGUCCAGCUGGAGAUAUGUAAGAGAUGUACAAAAAAUUAAUAAACAAACUAUUUAAAAUUAAAUGUUUACAAAACCAAUAUAAUUUUUGCACCCAUUCAGUAAGUAAAAUUCCUGAACCUAGCAACAGACCACUAUAGUAUUAGCAAUAUAAACAUGUAUUCCUAAUGUAUUACAAACUAUCUAGGUAGCCUCCUCGUUUACACUAAAAAGAAAAGCCUUUUUGCUUGCCUUUUAGCCCUAGUGCUUCUGGCCCGCCUCCCUGUCUGAGAUCUAUUCCAAUCCAAUUCUUCCGGUGCUGCGAGAGUCUGACUCCACUAUUGCAGCAGAAGAUAGCCACUAGAAGUACUUUUAACCCAACAAUGAAAACAUUGCCAUUUCUACAAAAAGGAUAUUGUUUUCCAUUGCAGAGUUACAAUGGCAGGGACACUGUACACAGACCACUUGAUGGAUUGAAGUGGUCUGGGUGAAUAUAGUGUCCCUUUAAUAAGAGAGCUUUUUAUAUAUAGACGUGUCAGUAUAUUGGCUAGCAAAACAUACGAUUUAAAUGUUAUUCUCUCAUGAUAUUCAAGUUUAUUUGAAUGAUAUGGACCUCUUUUUAAUGAUUCAUUUUAAAACUAGACAUUGUUGAUAAAAAUGUGAUUCUAUGUAAUGUUUUAAAUUGUAUUUCUAUUUCUUUUAGGAUUUACUGUCAAAAGCAAAAGCUUUAGAACUUGAACAGCAAACAUACAUGUCAGAACUUCAAAACAAAAUAGGUAUUGUGUCUUUCUCUCUCUCUUUUUCAUAUUUGACUGACUAUUACAUUGUUCUUUCUCAUUACAAAUAUAAUCUGUCUGUACAUAAGAGUAUUAGUGGAGGUUUCAUUGGCUAUAUAUCCUUUUGUAACAAGAAUUGUAUACAUAGAAAAUGUGGUACAUUUAGAAAUUGCACUUGUAAACAUAAUUAGAUGAGUAAUGAUAUACUGCCUCUGUAUAUUUUGUAAUGCAUGCAUAUAACCAAAAUCUCUUUUCAGUGAAUCUCUUGGCUUACCCUUACUCCUUCGGGUCCCAUCUUUAAAAGUGCAUUACAUUGGGCUUGCAGAGAUUAUCUAAUCUAUACAUAGGAAGAAAAACUUACACAAUCUUCAUUUUCUGCCUUUUCUUUAGAGUAUUACAAAAUGAUACAGAGGUCAUGAUAUGUUAUAUUUUAUUAUUGUUAAUGGUUUUUCCUUUAUGUACAUAUGGGAGAUAUCAAACAUCAGGGCUCAACAAACCCAGCUCGCCAUGGCGACAAAAUAUUGUCCUAGUGCCUGGGAGUUUUUCAGCCCAUCCAUUCCUGGAGAGGGCCGGCUGAGGGAGAAUAGAGAUGGGCUUGUGGCUGACCUGCCAAGAGAGAGAGAGAGUGGAGGCGGUCUUUUGGCCAACUGAGGCAGAAUGGAGACGGCCACAAGGAAGCAGUCAUCUUUUUGCUCUGCUCACUCGUGCACCCUGCUGUGAUGCCAAGAGCCGGGAUAUGAUGUCACUCCGGCCUCGGCAUCUCUAAACAGCAAACGAGGGAACAGAGCAGGAAGAUGACAGGAUCCACUCCAGCUCCCUAAAGGUAGGGAGGCUGAGUGGACGUAAAUUACAGUAAAACACAUAACAAUUUGUGAGAGAGCGUGUGUGUGUGUGUUUCAGUGAAAGUGUGUGUGUGUCUGUUAGUGAGAGUGUGUGUUCUGUCAGUGCUUGUGUCAAAUCACAAGAUUUUGGAGAGUUUCUGUAGGUAUUUUUGCCCAUUCAUCCAGUAAAGCAUUUGGGAGGUCAGACAAUGAUGUUGGACAAAAAGGCCUGGCUCACAAUCUCUGUUUCAGUUCAUCCAAAAGGUGUUCAAUGGGAUUGAGAUCAAUGGGAUUGGGCUCUGUACAGCCAAGUUCUUCUACAUCCAACCAUGUCUUUAUAAACCUUGCUUUGUGCACAGUCAUGCUGGAAUAGAAAAGGAACUUCCCCCAAACUGUUCCCACAAUGUCGGAAGCAUGGCAUUGUCCAAAAUUUCUUGGUAUGCUGAAGCAUCACUGGAAGUAAGCGACCUAGCCCAACACCUGAAAAACAACCCCAUACAAUUAUCCCUCCUCUACCAAGCUUUACAAUUGGCACAAUGCUGGUAUCGUCAGGCAUCUUUGGAUUGGCUGAGAUUACCAAAAUCGGCUAGUGUUGGGAGCCCAGCACAGUGUGGGGGGGAAAAAGGGUAAAGGGGGGGGCUAGUCACCCAAACAGACACUCUCACUGACAGACACACACACUUAUACUGCAACACUCACACACGCGCAAAUAAUUAUUUUUUUUUUUUUAAUUUGCCCACCCAAUCUUCCUACCUUUGGGAGAGCUGGAGUGGAUCCUUUCCUGGGUCCAGUGGGGCUGCUCUGAUCAACUCCACGGUCUUCUUGCUCUGCUCCCGGGUGUGCUUUUUAGUGAUGUCUGGGUCGGAAUUGCGUCAUAUUCCGGUUCCCGGUAUCAAGGUGUACCCACGAGGGAGCAAAGCGAGAAGAUUACAGGUUUGUUUUCCUAGAGCCUGCCGCACCGUUUGCCUCCACUCUCAAUGAGCCGGCUGCACUGCCCACCUGCCUCUGCUCUGUAUAAGUUAGCAGCUCAGCCCCUAGUUGCCAUGGUGACCUGGCGCUUGGGAUUUGUCGAGCCCUGAUUUAAAGCACAAAAACGGAUAUGUUAAAACAAUACAGUCUUAACCCCUUAAGGACAGAGCUCCUGAAGCUUGUCUUUCACUUAAUGAAAACAGCAUUUUUUUCAUUUUUUGCUGUUUGCGUUUAACUGCAAUUUGCAUUUUACUAAUUUAUUGCACCGACACAUAUUGUAUAUCGUUUUUUAAAGGACAGAAAGGGCUUUAAUUUGAUGUAACACACACAUAUAUAUAUACCUCUCUUACCUCUUGUAUUUGUUUGUGUAUAUUGUACGUUUCUCAACUAAUUGUACAGCGCUGCGGAAUCUGUGUGCGCUUUAUAAAUUGCAAUAAUAAUAAUAUAUAUAUAUAUAUAUAUAUAUAUAUAUAUAUAUAUAUAUAAAAAACUGUGUCAAGGGUUGCACUCACGGAUUCUUUAAAACAUAGCUUUUAUUAAAUACUCCUAAAAAAUCGACGUUUCAGUCCUAUUCAAGGACUUUCAUCAGGAUGAAAAAAUUAUGUUUUCAUAAUCCUGAUGAAAGUCCUUGAAUAGGACUGAAACGUCGAUUUUUUUUUUUUAUUUAUUUUUUUUUUUAGGAGUAUUUAAUAAAAGCUAUGUUUUAAAGAAUCCGUGAGUGCAACCCUUGACACAGUUUUUUGGAUAUUUGGAGCCCUGGGAGUGCACCCGGUUUGGGAACAUGGAGUUUGAGUGCAAGGUACAGUGCUUUUAUUUAUAUAUAUAUAUAUAUAUAUAUAUAUAUAUAUAUAUAUAUAUAUAUAUAUAUAUUGCAGAAUUAUUAGGCAAGUUGUAUUUUUGAGGAUUAAUUUUAUUAUUGAACAACAACCAUGUUCUCAAUGAACCCAAAAAACUCAUUAAUAUCAAAGCUGAAUAUUUUUGGAAGUAGUUUUUAGUUUGUUUUUAGUUAUAGCUAUGUUAGGGGGAUAUCUGUGUGUGCAGGUGACUAUUACUGUGCAUAAUUAUUAGGCAACUUAACAAAAAACAAAUAUAUACCCAUUUCAAUUAUUUAUUAUUACCAGUGAAACCAAUAUAACAUCUCAACAUUCACAAAUAUACAUUUCUGACAUUCAAAAACAAAACAAAAACAAAUCAGUGACCAAUAUAGCCACCUUUCUUUGCAAGGACACUCAAAAGCCUGCCAUCCAUGGAUUCUGUCAGUGUUUUGAUCUGUUCACCAUCAACAUUGCGUGCAGCAGCAACCACAGCCUCCCAGACACUGUUCAGAGAGGUGUACUGUUUUCCCUCCUUGUAAAUCUCACAUUUGAUGAUGGACCACAGGUUCUCAAUGGGGUUCAGAUCAGGUGAACAAGGAGGCCAUGUCAUUAGAUUUUCUUCUUUUAUACCCUUUCUUGCCAGCCACGCUGUGGAGUACUUGGACGCGUGUGAUGGAGCAUUGUCCUGCAUGAAAAUCAUGUUUUUCUUGAAGGAUGCAGACUUCUUCCUGUACCACUGCUUGAAGAAGGUGUCUUCCAGGAACUGGCAGUAGGACUGGGAGUUGAGCUUGACUCCAUCCUCAACCCGAAAAGGCCCCACAAGCUCAUCUUUGAUGAUACCAGCCCAAACCAGUACUCCACCUCCACCUUGCUGGCGUCUGAGUCGGACUGGAGCUCUCUGCCCUUUACCAAUCCAGCCACGGGCCCAUCCAUCUGGCCCAUCAAGACUCACUCUCAUUUCAUCAGUCCAUAAAACCUUAGAAAAAUCAGUCUUGAGAUAUUUCUUGGCCCAGUCUUGACGUUUCAGCUUGUGUGUCUUGUUCAGUGGUGGUCGUCUUUCAGCCUUUCUUACCUUGGCCAUGUCUCUGAGUAUUGCACACCUUGUGCUUUUGGGCACUCCAGUGAUGUUGCAGCUCUGAAAUAUGGCCAAACUGGUGGCAAGUGGCAUCGUGGCAGCUGCACGCUUGACUUUUCUCAGUUCAUGGGCAGUUAUUUUGCGCCUUGGUUUUUCCACACGCUUCUUGCGACCCUGUUGACUAUUUUGAAUGAAACGCUUGAUUGUUCGAUGAUCACGCUUCAGAAGCUUUGCAAUUUUAAGAGUGCUGCAUCCCUCUGCAAGAUAUCUCACUAUUUUUGACUUUUCUUAGCCUGUCAAGUCCUUCUUUUGACCCAUUUUGCCAAAGGAAAGGAAGUUGCCUAAUGAUUAUGCACACCUGAUAUAGGGUGUUGAUGUCAUUAGACCACACCCCUUCUCAUUACAGAGAUGCACAUCACCUAAUAUGCUUAAUUGGUAGUAGGCUUUCGAGCCUAUACAGCUUGGAGUAAGACAACAUGCAUAAAGAGGAUGAUGUGGUCAAAAUACUCAUUUGCCUAAUAAUUCUGCACUCCCUGUGUGUGUGUGUGUGUGUGUGUAUAUAUAUAUAUAUAUAUAUAUAUAUAUAUAUAUAUAUAUAUAUAUAUAUAUAUAUAUAUAUAUAUAUAUAUAUAUAUUAUAAAAACUUUUUUUUACAGUUUUUGCAAUAAUAAUGUGUGCAUAAUUAGUGCAGGUUAAGGAAAGUAAUUAAUAAAUUAAUUUAGUUGUUCUGAUUUACAGAAUAUAUAAUGUGUCUGGGAUUUUAAGUUUAUUUUUUUUAUUUUUUUGGUAGUUACAGGUCACAAAGCACAAGGAAUAAAAUAAACUUUUAAUGUGGAGCAAUUUUAGAAUUUGGUAUGUUUGUCUUGUAGCCAUAAAAGAAAACAAAAUUGCCCACAAAAGUAUAUAUUUAUAUAAAGUAUACAUCACGGGCUAUUUACCUAGGGUUCUUUUGACACUUUCUACGUAGCCAUUUCACCGCCAACCUCUGCUAAAUAUUAGAGUAAAAUUGUGGGUUUUCUUUGGUUUUUGGCACACAAACUUAUAACAAAGAAAUUCUCAUGUAUAUUUUGUAAAGUUGGUGUGUGCUAUUCCUGUACAAAGUUUUAUCUUGUGUUCAGUUACAUCUGCUGAGUAAAAUGACACCCCCAUUGUAUGUCUUUGGCACUAUUUUGUGAAGCUACAGUGCCAUAUAGGAGACCUGUCCUUUUCAGUAUUCACAGUAGAAUUUUGAGAGACGGAUUUAAUGAGCCUAUGCUUCCAUUUGGGGUAUUAUACCAGUUUAACUGUUCAAAAAAAACCCACAAAGGCCUACCAUUUGUAAAAGUAGAAACUCCAGGGUAUCUCAUAAGGUGCAUAUUGUGCCUUAACAUGCCCCCAUUUUUUCACCAAUAUAUGCUAAAGUAUGUGAUAAAAAAUAAUUUUGUGCGUUUUUUACAUAUGGAUUGUAUUUUUGGUGGGCAUUUUGUAUAUUUCACAUGUGCCACUAAGUUCAAACCCCCCAAAUUAUGCUCGGCUAAGUCUGCGGAGUAAAAAGGCACCCCCAAUGAAUGUCUUUGGCACUAUUUCGUGAAGCUACAGUGCCAUAUAGGAGACCAAGCCAUAUCCGUUUUUACUGAACUUUGACUCUGGGCCUAUGUGCAAUUUCCAAGCAUCUUCGCAGGUUUUAAAUUCAAACUACCCCACAAAGGUCUACCAUUUCUUAAAGUAGACACCCCAGGGUAUUUAAAAAGGUAUAUUUUGAACCUUAGCGUGGGAUCAUUUUUCCGCUAGCUUGUACCAAGUGUAGUGGUAAUAAGCAUUUUUUCUGCCUUUUUGACACACAAAGUGAGUUUGCACAGUAUAUUUUGCAAACCUUGUGUGCUACCAGUGUAUAAUACUUCAUAUGUUGCUCAGCUAUGUAGGCUGAGUACAGCAAUACCCCCAUAUGUACCUUUGCCAGGUAUAUGUGGACAUCGGAGGGGCACAUUUGGGACACAGCCAUUCCAGUUUUUUUUCAAACUUUAAAUUUUUACGCUGUGCCCAUGUCCCAUUUUAGAGUAUUUUACCAGGCUAUACAAUCCAAAUAACCCAUAAAGCCAUAGCAUUUGUUAAAGAAGACAUCCCAGGGUAUUUCAAAAGGCAUAUUUUGAACCUUAGCGUGGGAUCAUUUUUCCGCUAGCUUGUACCAAGUGUAGUGGUAAUAAGCAUUUUUUUCUGCCUUUUUGAUACACAAAGUGAGUUUGCACAGUAUAGUUUGCAAACCUUAUGUGUGCUAUGACUGUAUAAUACUUCAUAUGUUGCUCAGCUAUGUUGUCUGAGUACAGCAAUACCCCCGUAUGUACCUUUGCCAGGUAUAUGUGGAUGUUGAAGGGGCGCAUUUGAGACGCAGCCAUUCAGUUUUUUUCUAACUUUGAAGUUUUACACUGUGUCCAUGUUCCAAUUUGGAGUAGUUUAGAUGGUUGGUUAUUGAAACUUCCCCACAAACACAAACUAUUUAUUAAAGAAUACACCCUGGGGUAAUUCAAAAGGCAUAUUUUGAACCUUAGCGUGGGAUCAUUUUUCCUCUAGUUUGUUCCAGGUGUAGUGGUAAUGAGCAUUUUUAAAUGUAUUUUUUUUACUACUUUUAAAAACUAGUUUUUAAACUUUUGUUUUGCUUAUUAAUUUUUUUUAAACUUUCCUAAACUUUCUACAGAUUUAACAUUUUUCUAAGCUUUUUUUUUUACCGUUAACCCCUAACUAGCAGUAAGCAGCACUAACAGUAAAUUCCCCAUUUUCCCAUAACUCCCACCCACCCCAGCUAGCAAAAUAUAUAAUUAUAAAAUAUUUAAAUUUAAUUAAAUAAAUUGAACCCCUGAGGGUUAAAAAAUAAAUAAAAGUUAAUCCUCAGGGGUUAAAAAAAAUUAGAUCACAGUAUAAUACUGUGAUCUGUAUUUUGAUCACUGUAGGCAGUGAUCGACUGGCAGGGAAGGGGUUAAUUUUUAUUUGGACUGGGUAAAGGUUUUUUUUUUAUUUUUUACUUAACGUUAUUAAACUUUUUUUUAGCUUAAUUUUUAACUUUUUAAAGUUUAUUUUAAAACUUUUUUAACGUUAACCCCUAGUUAGCCUAACACCAAAUCCCCCAAUUCCCCACUAACUUCCACCCACCCCAGCUAGCUAAAUAUAUAAUUUUAAAAUAUUUAAAUUAAUUAAUUAAAUUUAACCCCUGAGGGUUAAAAAAAAAAAUCAGAUGACAGUAAAAUGUAAUCCCUGCCAAUUGAUCACUGUAGUUAGUGAUCAAUUGGCAGGGAAGGGGUUAAUUUUUAAUUAAAAUGAGUAAAAGGCGGUGGGAUUUUAAAUAAACUUUAUUUUUAUUUUUUUAACAGGGGGCAGGAUCAGCACUGUUCCGGUGUUCUAUCAAAUUCCUCUACCUCGUGAAAAUCCCCUACCCUCGUCACUUCUGGUGAGGGGAAUCAGCUGGAUCCUGUGUUGCACAUGGGUGCCAGCACUCCUGCUACUCCUCCACAGCAAGGUCCUGUAAGGUCAGUAAAACUAGUUUUAGACUUUCAUUAUAGUUAGUGCAUUCACUAAGCUUAGGCACACAGGACAUUUAGGCUUAAGUGAGGGUUCAAAUUAGGGUUAGGUAAGUGAUUUUAACCUCUCUCUCACUCUAUUCUUACCCUAACCCUUGGGGUAAGGGUUAAAAUAAAGUGUGAAAAAGCACAAUUUAGUGAUAUUCCCCUAAUGUGAAAUAUCACUAAAUAUGAACAAGUCCAUUAUCCUAACCCUAAUUUGAACCCUAACAUUAACCCAAAAUGUCUCAUGUCCUAAGCUUAGUGAAUGCACUAACUAUAAUGAAAGUGUAAAACUAGUUUUAUUUACCUUCCAGGACCUUGCUGUGGAGGAAUAGCACGAGUGCUAGCACGCAUGUGCAGCACAGGAUCCAGCUGAUUCCCAUCACUGGAAGUGACGAGGGUAGGGGAUUUUCACGGGUAGGGAAGUUUGAUAGAACACCGGCUCCCUGCACUUCACACAGAACCAGGAAGUGCAGGGAGGCGGAAGGUAAGUAUACUAAGCACAUGUGCUCACUCUGACAUGCUGUCAGAGCGAGCACAUGUGCUGGGACAGCACUAUCGGUGCUCCCGGUCUGCCUCUAAUACAGAGGCAGACCGGAGCACCAUUAACCCUGCGAUCGCUGCAAUAGCGGCGAUCCGGGGUUAAUUUUAACGGGUGACGGACAAGUUCCGUCACUCGUCGUUAUGGCAAUCCCCUGAGUGACGGACCUCGUCCGUCACUUGUCGUUAAGGGGUUAAAGCACGAGCUACAUUAUGGCAACCAUGCAAGCCAUACAUAAACAAAUGUGUUUAUGCAACAGCAGUACCCAGUAUGAACCCCAAUAUUGUACAUAGAUGGGGUGAAAUUGAAUCUUACAGUUUUUCUAUUUUUCUUAAUCAAAUUCUCCAAUUUUCCUUUGAUUGACCUAAAAUACAUUUUUCCAUCUUAGUUCGAAAUCUAAGCUGUAUUUUUAACCAUAUACCAAUAUGGAAUCACUCCUGUUUUUCAAUUCCUCGCAACCAAAAUAUGGAUAACUAAAUUAUAUAUUUAUUAUUUUAUGACCUUAUUUUUUUCCAUUGUACUAUAAACCCUGGGACUCCAGCCCCACCCAUGAUACAUACAAAAAGAGAAUCUUGAAAUUAAUGAAGGCUUGGGCUAUUUAAACAAAUAGGAGUUUCUGGCAUUUCAAAAAUGUUCCAUCAUGGGGCACCCAACCUCUAAGUUAAUCACUGUUUAUUAGCAUGUUUCUAAUUAUCCUUUAUGUUGUUUAGAAAUGGUUUCUGAAGGAGUAUAUUUUAUUUAUUUUUUGACAAUAGAUAAAGGUUUGAUAAUGAAUAUGUAUAACUCUGUAUUUUUUUUACAGACAUUAUGUUGAAGGAAUCUAAAGAAAAAGAGGAGAAAAGCAACAAAAUUAAGGCAGUUGCUAUAAAAGCAAAGAAGGAAUUAGACUCCAGUAAGAAGGAGGUAAUUGUUUGCAUACAAAAUGUUUGUAAACGGUUUGUGUUUUUGCUGACUUCCCGUUUGCAAUUUUCUUUAUAAAUAUAACAACACAAAUAAGCCACUGGAUAGAUUUAUAUGAAACCUGCAAAAAGGAAGUCUGUAUAUUUAGAGAAGUUUAAAGGGACACGAUAGUCACCAGAACAACUACAGCUUAAUGUAGGGAUUAUGCUGCCACUGCAACCUUGGUACUGUAAACACUGCAAUUUCAGGGAAAAGGCAGUGUUUACAUUACUGCCUAAGAACACCUCUAGUGGCAGCCACUCAGAUGGCCACUAGAGGUGCUGUGCAGGACUGAUUUUCAACGUCUAUGAGGAGAUGGUGAUUUGGUGCAGCAUUUUGCUGUACAUGCGCAAAAGCCUCCCACUGCUUUACUAUUGGAAAGCAGAAAGCAUUGGAUUUGCUGGGAGCAUCAGUUAUGAUGCUCUCAGCCAAGAAGGCGAAGCCAGCCACGGCGGACCCGCGCAGCACUGGAAUAAAGGUACUUGUAUUACCUUUUUUAACGGGGGCAAGGUAGUGGCUGGCCACCUACAUGUGUUUUUAACACUAUAGUAACAGCAAAGUAGUCCAGGGCACUCAAGGUCUUCAUACAUCAGCAGGUUUAUUGGAAAAUCAUGACAGAUACAGCAACCUUUAUCUUGAUGUGGACUACUUUGCUGUUACUACAGGUGAUGAGAUUGCGGAUCUCUCCCUUUUCUGAUAACUGUAAAAUUUUAACACUAUAGUGUCAGCAAUACACUUUUGUAUUCCUGACACUAUAGUGCUCCUUUAAUGUGGUAGAUUUUUAGAUUUCUGGCAUUCUAGUUCUGUGCAUUUUCUUCCAAUAUAAUAAUUGACCUAUUGUUAUGCUUUUUACAUUUCUUGUAACAAAUAUCUAUGGUUAAUGAACAAGCUUUUUAUAAAAAUCUAAAGUUUAAGCCGCCCUUUCAAGACAAUGCGUUGAACUGUCUAACCUUGCAUGUCCUAUUGUGCCCGACUCACAAGUGAACAGAUGCAGAUUAUUUGCUCUGCCUAUUAUUUCUUUCAUUUAUUCUGCAGUGAGCUUGUUUAAUCUGUCUUGGUAUAUUUUUAUCUUAUUUCUCUCUUACAGGGAUAUUGGAAAUUUUAAGCCCAAAUAAAACAAAAAAAUUUAAAUUUGCUUUGAAUUCCCUACAAUUCACAAUUUAUUGAAUAAGCCUGUUUGGGUAGGAGGACAAACCACAAAGUGUUGCAAAUGUUUACCUUUCAAUGUGUGGUUGGAUCAGUUUGAUACGUAAACAGUAAAAUGUCCUUCUUUUUACUAUUCUCAAUAUGUGUAUUUUACUGAACGUCUCACUAAGACUAAAAGGGCAGUUCUGACAUUGAUCCUUUACUCACUAUGCCGAGAAGGAUAUUAUCAUUCAGAGCCUAUGAGAGACUGAAAUUUGAUUUUUAGGUCGUCCUCUCUCUUUUGCAGACGGGACUUGCCUGGCAUUUUGGUUCUGACCUGUCUAAAUGGCUGGGAUCAUUAUGUUGUGCAAAUGGUAUAGAUUUCUUCCUAACACAAGUGAGAAAAACUCACGUGAAUAACUAAACCAUGGGGCAAGCUAUUACGCUACUGUUCAUUCUUAUUGUGUUCCUUUAACACAGGAUAAUGGAAAAUCCAUUUAAUGGAAAAACCUAGCACUGCUUACAUGCAGAGAUAUUGGGGCAUUGAGCAUCUGGUUAAAGUUGAACUGUAUAUCAAAUUGAAUGUCAUAACCUUUACUCCAUAUACUUUUAAGGUUCAAUCAACAAGAGAGGAGCUGGAGAGACUGAAGGCAGAGAAAGAUCAGUUGUCUGUUUCCAUGAAGGAUCUUAUGCAAACUGCAGAAGGAUAUCAGGUGCAGAACUUCAUUUUGUACCGUGCGACAUCUGAAUUUUAUGACCGGCAUCUAUUUACUAUGUGUCAACAUAUUGCACAGAACUGGGUUAAAAAAUAAAAUUAAAAAAACUCUCUCAUUCAUAAUGUAGCAUUUAAAACUUUUAUACCAAAUAUUUUAAAUCAAUAAGUGAAAGAGGCAAUAUGCAAUAUGGCCACAUACAUGGUGGUAACCAAGUGGAGCAGUAAGGGAGUUAUGAGUACUUACAGUUCUCUUCUUAGCAGCACCACCACCAUGUUCCUUUCCAGUCCAUCUUCAGCUCAUAAAGAAGUGUUUUGUUUUUAUUCUUCGUUUUUGACACAGUAUACAAGCAGUUAAGUAAGUGUACAUAGUCAUUUUGUCUACGCAGAUUUUUUUUCUUCUUUUCUCACAGUCUUACAGUCAAGAAUUAAAAAAACAUGGGCAUAAACAUAAUCACGUCAAUGAUAAGAUGUAAAGAAAAAUAAAAUAAGAAAUAAAAUUAAAAAGACAAUAAGGGGGAAGUGGACGUGCAAUGAUGCAUCUUAUUGAUAUACAGUUGUCAAGGUUUCCAGAAAAUACCAAGUUAGGAUGUUGUGCUGAUGAAAUGGAAAAACACAUUCAAGAGUGAAGGAGAUGAGGAAGUCUCCCCUUUUUUUUAUUUUUAUUUUUAAUUUUUUUUACAAUUUUAAUCAAAUUAAUUAUGUUUAUGCUGUGAGUCUUCAUUAGACUUUAUAGAGUUUUCUUUCCUCUUUAAUAUAUUUUCUAUUUAUUACAAAUUUAGUUAUGCAUGUUCUGUCCUGCUCCCUGAGAUGGUUUCAAAAUUGUAUUCCUGAAUCAAGGCUGACACCCGAUCACUUAGCAAGGAAAAAAUGCAGUUUUGGCAUUCAUACAUGUAUUGUAAAAAAAAAGAUAUUUGUGAAAAUUGUCUAAUAAUUGGCAUAAAUAUGGGGACCAUUUCUUGAAAUAGUACGCAAUAUUUGUUUGUUUCUUUAAGGUACCCAUUACUUAUGGUCUGUAUUAACUUUACUACACCUUCUUACACUAUACUAACCACUAACCAUACUUAUACAACAUAAAUGAGUAGUGACUAUCUAUAAAACCAUGCAUAUAUAUUUUUGCGCCUGACCAGCAGCUUACCUGCAUUUAUGUCUAUCCAAUAAACCAUAGACUCUUGGCCAGCUUGCACAGACUUUAGAUUACUCGUUCCCAUAUUCUUAAAUUGUUUUAUGCACAUCUUAUUUGUAUGUUUAUUACCCAUUGUGCAGUGCUACUGGAAAUGUAAGACCUUUUUGCAUUAUCUAGCUUCUACUGCUAUUUGAUGCCUGUUUUAACACACUUUUUUGUCUGUGUGUAAAAACUGGUUUUAUAUAAUAUGCUAGCUCUAUUGAUUUUCGUUUUUCAAUUAAUGACAUUGUUUUUGUUUUCUGUUUUUUGUCCAUGCAGAAUCUCUUGCUGGAAUAUGACAGACAGACAGAGCAGCUGGAAACAGAGAGAGAACGCAAUAACAAUGCAGAGCGCCAAAUGGAAGAUUUAUGUAGGCAGUUGCGAGCAGCCUCUGUUGAGGUCGGUUAUAAUUCCAUUCUUACUAUGACGCUUGACCCAAUAUUUGUUUAUUUUAUUUUUUUAACUUUAGCUCACAAUCCAGUACCUGCUUUAUGCCAUGCUGUUUUUUCCUUUUUUGAUGUAGUAAAUUAUUUACUCCACGGCCCAGUUCCCCUGUAAUGGGGGAAAACUGUUUAGCAACAGUUUUGCCCUCUAACAUUGAUCCUCGCCAGGCUCCAAUGCCCUUUGCUUCUCAGCUGAUGCGGUUCCAGUUACUGCAGAGGUGCUGAUGCUGUCAGUUGACCACUCUCAGCCAGUGAAUGCACAGAACUGACAGUAGCCAGCUCAGAACUCUUGUUCUGGGCUGGGUUGUGACAUGCCAAGGACAUCAUGGUGCUUGUAGUUACUAAUAAAUCUUAGGGGCUAUAUCAAAAUGGUGUCAUACUUGUAAUAAGCAACUUUUUAAAAGACCACUGGAUAAAUUCAUUUUAAAAAAAAAAUUUGGGGUGUUAAGUUUUUUUGUUUUUUUUUUUCAAGCUGAGCUAAAACAUUAGCUCAGUUAAACAUAAUGUGGUACAGGAGAAUCUUAUAUUUGUGAAAGAAUAAUUUAAAAAAAUUUUUUUUAUUAAAAUGGGCACAUAAAAAUACCUCUAAUUCUAAAACAGUAAUAGGACAAUACUAAAACCACCAGCUUUCUCUGUAGGUCUUCUCUGGCUGAGUGGACGCCAUCCUGAUUUCCUAGGUUUUGUUUUGUCAUUACGUGCGAGAUCAAGCUGAGUUUUCCUUGCAUUUUUUUUUUUAUUGAUCUCUAGUCCAUCAUAUUGCUUUUAGCUUUAUUUAACAAGGUGCAGUUGUGCCCAUGAGAGGGAACCCAGGGGUUAUUAUACUAUGUUUACCACGUGCCUUGCUAACCAUAUGCCUGGUUUCUGUUUCUUGGGUAGACAUGUUUAUUUAGCUGGAGUUUUAAUGUUUCCAUAAAAUUGUGCUAUUAUUCCUAUGCCGAGCAUAUGUUAUACUCUAACACUGUCUUAUUCUUUUGCUCAUUAUAAUAUAUUUUCAUAUGCUCAUUCUAUUUAAUUUGCUUCAUUUAUUUAUUUUUUAAUUUUUUAUUAUAAAUAAAAUUUAGUGGAACAAAUGAGGCAUCAGAUCUGAAGGGGAAAAAAGUAUUUUUUUAAAAAAUGUUAUUAUUCUGAAUAGCAUUAUUCAUGCAAUUAUACUUAAUUCCACCUUUUUCCUUUAGCUGUAUUAUGAAAUUUCUCCUAACCUCCUGAACCAAGUGAUAAGUAACACAGUGGUUUUAUUUCAGCAAGAGAAGCUAACGUCUAUAAAUGAGGAUUACGUGGCUCGCAUGGAAACUAUGCAGUCUAAUAACAAGUUACUGGAAGCACAGUUAUUAGAGACGCAGCGUGCUAAGACUGUGUUGGAUAAAGAACUGGAAGCUGAACGGUUAAUGAAGGAGCAAAAGAUGAAGGUGAUUUACUUGUUUGAUAAUAUAAGCAGAGGCAAAGACAAAUAUGAUUUGUUGUUUGUUUUUUAGAUCUGUCUCAUUCCAUAAAAGCUAUAUAUCACGGCACACUGCAGUAUUAAAUAAAAGUAAAAAUCCUGUCCCAUGUGCUGCAGUUAUUUAAAGGAACAAUCAAGGAACCAAAUAUUGCAUCAGAAACGCAUUUGAAUUAUGACCCCAAUUUAAUAUUUUUGGAUAAACUUUUCAAAUGAUUUAAUGUUUUGAUAAAUGAUUUAAUAUUUUAGAUUUAGUUUUUUAUACUUGAUAGAGAUAUAUAUCAAUAUUAUUUUUAUUUUAUUUUUUAAAUGUUUAAAUAUUUUCUUGAAAUAUAUUCAUUCAUUUCCAAAGAUCAUCCAAAAAUAUUAAAUUGGGGCCAUAAUUCAAAUGCGUUUCUGAUGCAAUAUUUGGUUCCGUGAUUGUUCCUUUAAAUAACUGCAGCACAUGGGACAGGAUUUGUACUUUUAUUUAAUACUGCAGUGUGCUGUAAUAGUACCAUAACUAAAACCAUAUUUAGAAUAUAUUCUUUUUCCAUUAAUUAUCUGCUGAAUGAUUUAUUAUGGGUAGUCUGUUGGCAGGAGCUCCCUGACAUUAUUCCAUCGUUCAACAAGCUGUUGGUCUAUAUUCAUAGUGUUUGCUUUGAUUCUAGGAAUUCACUGGUGCCCAGAAACAAGUGGAAGAACUUCAAACACAGCUACAAAAAGAACGGAAACAGCUUCAAAAAACUAUGCAGGAGCUUGAGCUAGUCAGGAAGGUAAUCUUGAAAAUAUUCCUCUAGGGGAAGUUUUGGAGUACUACAAACAUGGAAGUCUAAAUAAUGAAAAAAAAAAAAUAUUCAUUAACCUCUAUAUGAUUUAUGUCUGCGUAACCAAAGUGAAAACUGACCAACAUGCCAUAUCGUUUACUUUUAUGGGAGUUUGUAAAAUGGCUGCUUCGAACAUGUUUUUUAUUUUUUUUGCAAACGUUUUACUUUUGCGACUUGGUUACUCAAAAUGGCCUUCUAUAUCUCUCAAAUUACAUGUUUUUGUACUGCCACUGUAUUAUUUACAUAUUUUUUUAUAUCGUCCGCAUGUCCAGUGAUAGAAUUUUAUGCAUUUACAAAUAAUAUUAAUAUUAAAAUAACUGGAUCUAGACUUUUUGUAACUGAAUUAUAUUAAAAUUCAUAUUUUAAAAACCCCUUAGACCUACUCAUCACAAAAGAUAUGAACAGUCUUAAAAGUUUGCACUUAUAGAAUGUGACUGCAGAUAAGAACCAUUCAGCCCAUCUAGUCUGCCCAAUUUUUUAAAAUACUUUCAUUAAAAUACUUUCAUUAGUCCCUAGCCUUAUAGGAACACUAUAGUCACUUAAAUCACUUUAGCUAAAUAAAGCAGUUUUAGUGUAUAGAUCAUUCCCCUGCAAUUUCACUGUUCAAUUUAACAUAGCAGGGGAUAAUAAAAUCUUAAUUAAACAGAACUUGCAAUAAAGAAAGCCUAAAUAGGGCUCUCUUUACAGGAAGUGUUUAUGGAAGGCUGUGCAAGUCACAUGCAGGGAGGUGUGACUAGGGUUCAUAAACAAGGGGGUUUAACUCCUAAAUGGCAGAGGAUUGAGCAGUGAGGCUGCAGGGGGCAUGUUCUAUACACCAAAACUGCUUCAUUAAGCUAAAGUUGUUCAGGUGACUAUAGUGUCCCUUUAUCUUACAUCUAGCCUCUCUAACCUUUUUUGGCCUAUAUAUGUGCUAUUCAAUUCUGGGUAGUGGGCACAUGUAACGGAUCACCUGGCACCCCGACUGGGUACCUCUGUUGAAGGAUGCUCCUAGCGCUUCCUGAGGACUCCAAGCACUGCAGCAGACACCACAACCUCCGAACCAGAGAAGCAUACGAAUGCUCUCAAGCAUGUGAAUGCUGUAAACAGCUGAACAGGAAAAGCAUACAAUCCCCUUCACUCCUGGCAAUCAGCAUACAAUCCAAUUCCCCCAAUAACGAGACGACACUUCGUUUUGAGGUCAAGCAGAACUGACUGUACUGGCACAUACAGCCUCUUUUAUUCACAAUCCACAAACAUAGUACUGCCCACAGGGUUUUGAAAUACAACCAAUCAAUCCGUACAAUACACACAGACACUCCCACACAAAAUCUUCCCCUCUGCCUGUGAUAUGAUUACUGAACACAAUGGUUAAUCUAAUUAUCACAGGCAGAGAAAUACAGUAUCAUAAAACACAUCACAGGGACUCCCAAAACAUGCAAUAACCCCAUAAAAACCCCAUAUAUCCUUGGAACCGGGGGAUCUGGGUGAACCACAUAUCCAAAAUUCACCCAGAUCCGUUCAGUAGUUUGGAAGAUGCAGUUUAAUGCAGAUUCCGCAGAACAUAUACAGGCUAUAUGCAAAAUAAUUACUGUAUAAUGUGUCCCCUGUUGUAUAGUUUAAAACUACUGAACGAUGUCUUCGUGCACCAAAUACUGGCGAGAUGGCACCGUGUAGAAAAGUCCAAACAGUGUCUGUGAGUUAAAAUGGCCGCCAUCCAUUGUUCUCACCAUGUGCUUCAUCCAUUGUUCUCACCAUGUGCCUCUGAUACAUGAAAUGGUGGCCACCCAGUAACUCCACAGUAUGUCCCCAGAUGGUUCUUAAAGGGCCAGCAGCAGCAUAAUAAAAUACAAUAUGACCAAAUACUGUAUUUAAAGGGCCAAAUCUUCAGGGGCCAUAGUCAGCAGGCAGGAGGCGGACAAACAGGCUUCUCCAAAGCCCAGUGGCGAGGUUGGUUUCGCCACAGCACACAUGUUAAAUCAGUGUUCCCACUCCUUAUUAGUCCCUCAAAUUAUGUCACAAUUCUAUUUUAGUGGCUCUACACUUGUUGGAACAGGCACAUAUUGCUACGCAGGCAACCUGCACCUGCUAAACAUAAUCCUUUUAUUUAAAUGGUCUAAAAACAGAAAAAAGUAAGGACAUAGCAGUGUAAAACAUAAAGAAUCAUAUCCCAGGAUAUUUUGUGCUGCAGGGCACUUAACCCCUUAAGGACACUUGACAUUUUAUUCCAGAAGUUUGGUCCUUAAGGGGUUAAAAGAAUGAUGAUGGGGUUUACCAGAAUUUAUUUAGUACUUAUUACUUUACAGGUGAACACUGGUGCACUGAAUGAUUUUUUUCAGUUGAAGAAAAUGUCGCCAAGCUAAUGUCAUUUACAUAAAUUGAGUCCCUUUCAAAGAAGUGUAAGAACCGUUAAGUUAGUAAAUUGAUUCCCAUCCUGGGCCUAAAGGCACAUCAAUAUUCCAGGAUUUAGACUUUUCCAGGUUCAAUUCCUGUGAGAGCGAUCAGCUGAUGUUCUCAGCCAAUGAGCAAAGUCCUGCUCUUUAGGGUUUGGCUCCUGAGAGCUAUUUGCAAGUUCCUGGUUAGGAGCUUUCCACUCUCCAGCAUUUGUAGUAGAGUGGUGAGCGGAACUGCAGAUUUAUAUUUGUGACUUUGAAUGCUCCUUUAGUUUAUAAUCCUCUUUCGUAUAAAACAAAUUCCUGCAUAUUUUUCAUGACUUCUUCCGCAUAAUAAGCAGCCAGUUGUACUAUUUUCAUGGUAGAAGUCCAAUAAACAUAUCUGAUUGUAGGCAUUUUACUUUCUCCCGGUUCCUAUCAUUAACCUGUUUUCAUUUUGUUUAGGAUGCUCAGCAGAGUACACUGAUGGACAUGGAAAUUGCUCAUUACGAUCGCCUGGUUAAAGAACUCAACCAAACGAUUACCAACAAAAGCAGCCAGCUGGAUGAUUUGGAGCAGGAGGUCCGUAUCCAGAAGCAGAAACAGGAAAUGCUUCAGGAAGAAAUAUGUAAGCUACAAAAAAAACGUGCAUUGCUUGGAAAUGCAGAUAUGAUGUAUAUUAUAAAUUGCCUUCUUAUACUAAUUGCACCCUACAAGCUCCACUUUUGUUUCUUAAUCUAUGUUCUCAUUUCUGCACUUUUCUUAUCACAUUGAAGUUAAUUUAAACAGUGGUGAAAAUGAAGCAAACCGUACACUGUAUUUAUAAUGGAAAUACCCAUUAUUUUCAGAACUAACCUUGAAUAUACUUUAUACACUCGUGGCUACUAAAAAUAUAGUCAUGGAUGUUUGAAAAGAUAUAAGUGCUAAUUUAAAAAAAAGAGUUGAAAGGGACAAACAUGUUACAAUUGUUAAAUCUACUUUAGCGUGUCAUAGGAUUUAUAUUUUAAAGAGACACACUGCACACCAAAAUAACUACAUCCUAAUGAAGUGGUUUUGGUACCUAAAUGCUGUCUCUUUUAUCUGGUAAUGUUAUGUUUGUCAGAGAACAUGCCUCUAGAGACUGUCAGACAUACAGCCAAUAACAAAGAUCUCCAUUUUCCAUGUUGAUACCAAAUGUGUCUCCAGUGUUUGAGUAGAAUUUUAGAAUGGUUAAGCAACUGCUGAGAGAAGACUGUACUAGACUACAAGCAUGUUUGGUUUGGUUGUUUAAUUUUUUCCUUUUCUUUAAUGGGAACCCUGAAUCUAAACCUUCAGGAACACCUGAAGGUUAAAAAUAUAUGUAUUUAUUGUUUUACUUUCAUGCUGUUUUUUCAUGCAGACCAGCUAAAUUCAGGAGAUAUACUCCUUUGAAUAUUGUACCUUGUUUCUGUACUCCUAAUAGCACAUUACCUAACAAUAAACUACUUUAAUAGUUUUGUUGUCUGAUGAACAAAAUAACACAUUUCUGUGUUCCUUAAAGUUUAAGUAUCUGCUCCUUUUGUAGCUUCGUUACAAGCAACUCUCGAGCAACAUGAGGAGCGUAGUACAAAGAUGAAACAACUACUGGUGAAAACCAAAAAGGAGCUAGCAGACACUAAGCAAUCAGUAAGAUAUUUGUAUUGCCAAUGUGUUUAAUGAAGGCUCUGUCAUAACAAAUAUUUUACUAAUUCUUCUUUAUUCAAAUCCUAGGAAUCUGACCAAUUAAUUCUUCAGGCCUCUCUGAGGGGUGAGUUGGAAGCAAGCCAGCAACAGUUGGAAUCCUACAAGGUAAGAUGCAUUAAAAGUUUUCUCCCUCGCAGGUUAGAAGUCGUGUUUUCUUUUCAGUAUUGCAAAAUGGAAUAAUCUGUUGGAAAUCUAUUUUCGGUUUCUAAAUGCACCCCAGGCCUACAUCCAGCCCAAAUCCCCAACAAAGAGUAAUAUUUGCACCACCACCCACUCCUGCUCCACUUUAAUUCAAACUCUAUGAUUCUCCAUCUGCAUGAAAUCAACAUUAUUUGAUCGCUGACUGGUACACCUACACAAGUGCCCACACCUGAUUUCUCCCAUGUUCCUAUAUAUAUAUAUAUAUAUAUAUAUAUAUAUAUAAACUAUAUAUGUUGUCCUCUUCUGUCUUUAGUGCAUAUUGUUCAUUUUAAAUUGUAAGCUCACAUGCCCACUUGUAUAGCACUGUCUAUAAAUCUUAGGUUCUCCUCUUUGUUUCAGAAAAUACUGUUGUAUAUCCUUUUGUCUGUUGGCCAGAUUAUGUAUGAUUGCAAUUUUUGGUAAAGAGCUCUAGAUAAAAACGUGUAAGAACUGAUUAAUAAAUCGUCUUUCUUAAGCUCACACUGGUCCCCGGACCAUACAAAAAAUGCAUCAGUUUCUCAUGAUGUGGAUGAUUUCUGUUCUAGAUUCAACUAGCUGAACUGAUGUCUGAAAGGCACAAAGUUCAGGAACAGUUCCGAACCCUGACUGAGCAACAUCAACGGGCCGCAAUCACCUACCAGCAAAAACUUUCUGCUCUGCAAGACGAGUGUGCAGUUGCAAAGGUAUUUGCAUUUUAGUUUUUUGUUUUGGGGGGGUUAAAGUUUUUUUUAUUUUUGUAGGGCAUGUUAAAAACCCAACAGCAAGGAAAUUACAUAUCAGUGAUCCGAGAAUUGAAAGACAUGUCCAGUAUACUGCACUUUUUAUAAUAAACCCAUGAACUAUACCAUAGGCGCAUAUUAGGAUUGAACAGUAAGCUAUGAUUCAUUAAGGGGAAUAUGUCCUAUAUGACCUUAUGUGUGGGACACAAUGUAUGCACGUGGAGAGUCAGCAUAAAUAACUUGUUAACCAACAUAGUUUAAUGGUAAAUCACAUAAAAUGCUUAUCUAGAGACUAUAUCAGGAUGCCUGACUUUGAGGACCAUUUGAGUAAUGCUGUGAUGCGGUCAUAAAACUAUAAAAUGCAGAAAUAGAUUCACAUGAACAACAACAGAAAAAGGGGGGAAAAAGGCUAUGGGUGUGUAAUAGAACAAAUGUGAUCAUCUCCACCACCAGCCGAAGUCAAGUAUUUGGAUGACUCGUUGCUUUGGCCUUCGGAACAAAGGGCAUGCAUUGAGGGGAUCCAAGGUUGUAAUGGAUUCUUUUGUGCUCUCCUACAUCAGUCCCGGUGACGCAAAACGUGUUGGCGCCUUUGACACCGAGGUGAGUGUGUGUACUGUCCCACUUUGGUCACCAUGAGGGAUUUGGGUGCUCGCCACUCGGACUUCCUGGUACGAUCCUGAUAAAAGGACAUGUGAGUCCUCCAAACAUUGUGACGUCUUAACUACUCAGCACAGUCAUUAUGUGAGUUGAGGAGCAGUGAACAAUGACAUCUCUUACAACAUUAGAUGUUAUUGCACUGAAUUUUAACGUGAUUGCAUAGAUAUCUAUCUUCUAGAGCAGUUAUCUGCACAUAACUAGAUGGACCGAAUGGUUCUUAUCUGCCGUCACAUUCUAUGUUUCUAUGUCAAGUGCCUGCUGAGUGGAUUAUAGCUGUUGUAAGUACGUCUUAGAGGUGACAUGCCAUGGUGUGUCUGUGAUAUCCUCAGUAGCCUGCACUCUGUUAGGGACAUUUUGCACAUAAGCUUUAAUUACAGCUACGUCUGCUGCAAAUAGCUUGUGAAUAUUUUGUAAAAUGAUCUUCACAUUAUGUUUAGUGUCUUUAGCCAAGUUUUCUAAAGACUCAUUGGUAGUGGUUUGUCUGAAUGAGAUUUUGUUGUUUCUCGUGACCCAUUUCUCUCAGGUGACUUAGUGGGAACCAUUGUAUGAUGGCCUUACGUGUCAUUUUAGAUGUAUUUACAUGCCAUCUUUGGUGACACUUGCCUUUGCAAGCAUGGCCCCUAGUGUCUCUGUUUUUAGCCGUGACCCCAUGUUUCUGAGAUCAGCGCACCAUAGCCGCAGUGUGUUUGGUUGGGAUUGAGGUGAGUGGAUCGGCCCACUCUGUGUGCUCUGGUACCACUGACGAGUAUCUCCAAGUCAGUGAAGGCCUGCGUGAGGUAGGCCCCGAAUCUGCGCCUCUGCUUGGGCAACUUGUGAAAGAAUGCCAUCUAUCAAUACAGCAGGACCUCAUGAAUGAGCUGCAAGGACUUUUGGAGCUCGAUGGGUUGUGUUGCAAUGGAUUAUUGGCGAGUUUAUUUGAUUUGGAAAGAAGCUGCCAGAAAUGACAUGUGGUCAGUCUCAAUGGCAAGCUCCGCCCCCCUUCACCCAGUUUUUUUUAGUGUGGCAUAUUUUAAUAUACUUCUACAUUCCUGUAUUAAAAACAAUAUGAAAAGUUAUGUUUUACAUGUUUGUACAUGUUUAUAUAAAAUCAUAAGUAAACUUAAGGAAGACCUGUCUAGACACAGGAAGAUCCUUUGUUGUGAGCUUAUUAUAUUAUUAGAAUACUUUAUUUUUAUAUUUCAUUAGUUUUUAUACACACAGAAUGCAACUUUUUCAAUAAAUGGAUGUAGCAUAAAAACAUUUACUGGUUUUGGGCAUGUAGGAUUAAAUAAUGUAGCUGUAGCUUUCAUCAUUGGAACCAAGGAAAGGUAAAGUGGAUUAUAUGGUACGUACAGCAGUACACUGCCUGAGCUACACACUGGAACACUGUCUAACCUCUACAGUUAUACAUAACACUCUGGAAAGAUAUUUCACAUAGAGAAAGUAAGAUCAUGAUCAUUAGAAGAGCACCAUUCGUCUAAGUGUUGCCGGCCUGCUAGUGCCUAGAGGACAAUCUGCGGGUUGUACUCCCAUACAGUCCAUUUUCUGUAAUUAAUAGCCAUCUCCAGAACUGUAAGCAUCCUAUGGUUUCUUCUCCUAAGUUGCUGUCUCCGUUCGCGUUUUAGCUGCCAAGCUGAGGGUGCGAAGAAAUGCCUCAACAUCAUCAGCCAAGGUGAAGGUUAAAGAUUCUUCGCCGUGAGGGACCACCAACGUUGUCUUUUUUCUGUGAAAACAGAGAAUGGCAAAUCACUGUACCACGUAAUUGAAUGACCUUCAAACCUCACUGUUUUCUUUUUCCUAGAGCGAUUUAGUAUGGCGGUUCUUGCUGCUAUGUCUAUGGUGAUGACUAUAAUGUCUCGAGGUGCUACCGCAGGGCCAGUAGCAGAUUUGCGUACCCGGAACACUGAUGUUAUGCAUGAGUCAUCUGAGCCCUCCUUGAUCUCCUUAGAGGCGAUGAGUUUCUGUACAAAUGGGAGAAGGUCUUCCCCACCUACUUUGUCAGUUACACCUAUUAUGUGUAAGUUCCGGUGCCGGUUUACCAAUGAGACCACUGAUUUUUUUCAGUAGGUGGAUUUGUUUAGUGAGACCUUCCUGCUGGUUAUUGGUCUUGUGAGGCCUCCCUCCCAUCCACUGCUUGUACCUUCUUGUGAAGAUCGCCUAUUUUGGCCUGUAUUUUUAGUAGGUCAACCUUCCAGACUUUCUGCAGGUUUAGGAGCAGCCUCUUGAUGUCCCCCUUUAUGAAGGAAGAAGAGUCAUCGUCUGAAUCAGAAGAAUGAUACACUCCACCUGGGCUGGGAGAAGUAAGGCACUUUCUGUCCUCAUUUGAACCCUUUGAGAGCUCCGGGCUGCUUCAUUCCUUGGGCGCCAUGUUGGGUUGUGGUGGCGGUCAAGGUCUCUCGAACGAGAGCCUGAUAUAAGGCAGUUUGUUGGCCCCUUUGUGUGCCAUUUGUGUGUGUGCCCCAUGGUUUUCUCUGGUGGGUGACUGGGAAAGUAGUCUACAGAACCACUUUUUUUGUUGUUUUUUUUUGUUACUUAUUUUGAUAAUUAUUUGCAAUGCUGUUUCACAAAGUGGGCAUGCCCUUAUAAUACUUUAUUUAUGACCAACCGCAGCGAUGUCCUUGGGUACAAUUGACACAUGUACAAAGACAAAGGUACAAUACAACAAGAGACUAUAUAAAAUUUGAUAAAUACAAAAGGAAAUGAGGGCCCUGUUCCAGUGGGAACUUAAAAUCUAGAUCGAUAGGAUGAGUGAUUAACAGGAGAUAGAGACUGCAAAAGUGAGGAUUAGAUGGGGAAACAUUUCUAAGAAAAUAAAGCAGUCCAUGGGGGCAUUAUCAGUGCUAAGAGAAGGAAAACAUAUGGAAGGUCUGAGUAUUGUUAUUGUUACAUGCAGGGAGAUUUAUGAAAAGGGUAGGUAGGAGGAGAAGAAAAAACAAGGUGAGCAUUGUAAAGAUGUAUAAUUAGUUAAUAUCCUGUUGGUAAGUUGUUGUACAAUAAUGCUUAAAAGUUUCUUACUACAAUUUUAAAAUCCAGUUGUUAAAGGGACAUGCAUCACUUGACAAUUAUUUUUUUUAAACCAGAAAGCAUACAUUUUUAAACAAACCAAAAUAAAGCAAGUAAAAUAUUGAAAAAUGCAUAAUAAACAUUUAUAGACCAAUCAUAAAGUUAGUUAGAUUGCAUGACAUGUACCACCUCUUUGCUAGGGAAGUUUUCAACAAACUCCCCUGCCUUUUUCAAUUUCAGACCAGUCCACUAAUGACAGUAACAGGGUACCAGAGAGAGAAGCAUGACAAAAGAGAUUGCUCUUUAUGAUCACACUGAUCAGACUCCCUCUCUUCUCCCCCUAUUUAAAUCUUGUAUGGUGAAGAGAUCUUCCACAUGUGUAAAUAUGUCAAGCAUGCCCAGUGCACUUUUCCAGCAUUCCUAAGGAUAGGAUACUGAUUGGUUAGAUAAGUUCUCCCACCGUGGAGAUGGUGUGGGAAGCAUAAGAAGAAAGAAGCAGGUAAAACUGAACAAAAAUGCAGUUUACCUGCUUUUUUUCAGCUAAAGGUUUUGAAGACAAUUGUCUCAAAUUUACUCUUGCUAGCCGUUUGUAUCCAGAAAGCCUGUUGCAUGUUCUGCUGUUUAGAGCAUUGGAGGCCAACUACUAAUGGAAUAAAGUUAUACACCAGGAUACAGGCAGUCACAGGAGGUUCACACUUACAAAUGGGAUUGCAGGGGAAAGGUUAUUGAGUAAAUGAAUGGUAGGCCAUUCAGGGUGUAACCGCUAACAGCCAAUUAAGCAGCUUUUUUUUUUUUUUUUUUUGCAGUGCAUAUGAGGUUAACAUACAAGCAUGUGGUACCCCAAAGGCAAUCUGCAUGCAUAUUUUUUCAAUACAGUAGUAACAGAGCAAUGUGAACAGUGGGGUAUAUCAUAACAGUGCACUAAUUUUAUGUUUAAAGGGACACUCCAGGCACCCAGACCACUUCUGCCCAUUGGAGAGGUCUGGGUGCCAACUCCCUCUACCCUUAACCCUGCAAGUGUAAUUAUUGCAGUUUUUUUUAUAAACUGCAAUAAUUACCUUGCAGGGUUAACUCCACCUCUAGUAGCUGUCUAGAAAACCUGUGCUAGAGCGUCGCUGGACGUCCUCACGCUGUGUGAGGACCUCCAGCGUCGCUCAAUUCCCCAUAGGAAAGCAUUGAAAGCAUUUUCAAUGCUUUCCUAUUGGGAGCUCUAAUGCACAUGCGCGGCAUUGGGGUCUGCGGUGUGGUGUGCCGAGUUGGGCGGUGUCGUCUGCCGGGAUCGUUUUGUGGCGGCCAUUUUAUGCCCUCCUCGUGGCGGUUUGGGAGGUUGGUCGACAUGUUUGUUUUCGGCGCUUCGUUGCAUGCGCCUUUCGAGUUUUAGCAAGAACGCCGUGAAAAUUGCCUCCAGCCUCGCUGUGUAAUCAGUUUGUGUUAUGCAGUAAUCAACUGGUUUCUCCGUGCUCUCCCUGGCUUGGGCAUGUGCUUUAGUGAUGGCGGUUCUUGGGGCAUUUCGAGUCUGUGGAGUGUCAGGCUUUAUUGUGGGGUUAGUCGUCACCAGCGAGGACCGGGAUAUCCCCCUCCGGUCCAGAAGGGGGGGUAGCAGGGUUGCCUUUGAGUCUCGUUUGUGAGCUUUACGUCCGUUGAGAAUUUUGUGUCUAAAUAUAAACCAAAGACAUCUGUCCAGUUCAUUUAAUAUUUCGAGCUUGCCUGUUUUUUUAAUGCACCUUAAUGAUAAAUGGCUUCUGGCUUAUGUCAUAUUUAAUUAGCGAGGAAGGUUUAUACAGCAGUUGUGUGGAUGCAUAGAACACAUUCCAUAUUAACCUUUGCUUGUUGCAGAAUAAGUGUGUAGUCUAUCCUCCUGCAGUGCACAUCUGUAACUGUCUGGCACUGCAAGAGUAUUGUGCAUUAUUACAGUAUAAUUGCUGUAAAUACAUUAGUAUGGAUUAUUUUAGCCAUGUGCUAUCAAGAUUCAGGUCCAAAUGUAAUUAUAAUAUGAAUCAGCCCUGGUAGACAUGGAACAUAAGCCCAUGAGAUAUUCAUCAUUUUGUUGUAUGCCUUGUGUGGAGGUCAAAUAAUCUGAAGGACACUCCUUUACUUCUAAAUAAACAAUUAGAUAUAACAGAUGUAUGUAUGGUUAAACCAUAUUUACCAUAUUGUACGUUUUUUUUGAAAAUAUAGUUAUUGGUUUAUAUAUAUUUAUAUAUAUGCCUCAAAAGAAAAUAUGCAUCUAUAUUUUUAUGCAUGUUUUUUGGGGGGUAUAUGACAUAAUGAUUUGCAAGCUAGAGACACAAUAAUUGCAAGACGAACUUUUAUAAACUGUGAUAAAUAUGACAGACUACAGACACAUAGCGCAGUUCAGCCUUCAUUACAUGUAUUAACAGGGUGUUGCAGUGGAUGUGAUCUAUUUGGAUUUUGCCAAGGCAUUUGAUACAGUUCCACACAAUAGAUUAGUGUUCAAACUUAAGGAAAUAGGUCUAGAUGAAAAUGCUUGUUCUUGGGUAGAACAUUGGCUUAAAAACAGAGUACAAAGAGUUGUCAUUAAUGUAAAUUUUCAAGCUGUACAGAGGUGGCAAGUGGUGUCCCUCAGGGGUCUGUUCUGGGACCCCUUCUAUUUAACAUGUUUAUAAAUGAUCUUCAAGACAGCAUUGAAAGUCAUGUUUCAGUGUUUGCAGAUGACACAAAACUUUGUAAAAUAAUACAAUGUGAGCAAGAUAUUACUUUGCUGCAGAGGGAUUUAGAUAGACUGGGGGACUGAGCACUCAAAUGGCAGAUGAAAUUUAAUGUUGAAAAAUGCAAAGUUAUGCACUUCGGCGUAAAGAAUACACAAGCAACGUAUACCCUUAAUGUAAGCGAAUUAAGGGAUAACAACACACGAAAAGGACUUGGGAAUUGUUAUAGACAACAAACUAUGCAACAAUGUGCAAUGUCAAUCCGCAGUGGCCAAGGCCAGUAAGGUAUUGUCAUGCAUGAAAAAGGGCAUUCAUUCUCGGGACGAGAAUAUCAUUUUGCCUCUUUAUAAAUCACUAGUAAGACCACAUAUUGAAUAUGCUGUGCAAUUUUGGGCACCUGUUCUAAAGAAGGAUAUUAUGGUACUAGAAAAAGUGCAGAGGCAGGCUACAAAAUUAAUAAAAGGAAUGGAACACAUCAGCUAUGAAGAAAGGUUAACAAAUUUAAAACUAUUUAGUUUAGAAAAACGUCUGAGAGGGGAUAUGAUAACAUUAUACAUUCGGGACCAAUACAAACCAUUGUGUGGAAAUCUAUUCACAAACCGGACUUUACAUAGGACACGAGGCCAUGCGUUUAGACUGGAAGAAAGAAGAUUUCAUCUAAGGCAAAGGAAAGGUUUUUUUUUUCUGUAAGAACAAUUAGGAUGUGGAAUUCUCUGCCUGAAGAAGUGGUUUUAUCAGCGUCCAUACAGAUGUUCAAACAAAUACUAGAUGCAUACUUGCAAAAACAGAAUAUUCAAGGAUAUAAUCUUUCAAUGUAGGGUAAUAACUGCUUGAUCCAAGGAUAAAUCUGACUGCCAUUCUGGGGUCAAGAAGGAAUUUUUUUCCUAGCUUGUUGCAAAAUUGUGCUUCAAACUUUUUUUUUUUUUGCCUUCUUUUGGAUCAACAGCAAAAAACAAAUGUGAGGUAGGCUGAACUUGAUGGACGCAAGUCUCUUUUCAACUAUGUAACUAUGUAACAACUGACUACUUCCUGGCUAGUGAAUGAAGCAGAGUUUUAGGAUGCGUUUAUAUUGAAGGAGUUGCUGUCUCCAGAUACUCUUCACAAAAAUGGAUUAACUAAUUUUCUUAAUUAUGAUCUAUUGAAUAUGACCUUUGUUUAUAAUUACUGAAUUAUGGCACACCAGAUCGGGGUAAGCUUUGCUUACACUAGGGGUCAUCAAUCUCGUCCCUACCACCCACUAGUGGGCGAUUGUGGGUUUUGCGUAAAAUGCCCAGGCCGGCAGGGGAGAACCUUCCAUCUUCCCUACUGGCUCAUGUAGAGCAAGCCUUGCUGUAAGCCCUCUCAGGCUGGUGAGGAGAUACAAAAUCUCCCUCCAUUGCCCGCAGACACUUAGUUCCAGGAGAGGGAGGGAAGGGGUUGGGAAGCUCUGUAUUCCUCCCACGAGCAGCCUGGUUUGAGCAUUGCCACACGUUACCAUUGCAACGCUCCGAUACAGUGCUGUGCUCGCGGGAGGAUAGGAGAAUCAGCCUGCAGCUGGAGGAGCUGCAAAAUAAAUUGAAAGUGUCACCACUGGACCAAUAGGGCUUGCAGCAUUAUGUGCCCCUUUCCUGAAGAAGGGAGGGGGAGACAUAUUGAGUUUGAUUUGCACAUAUCACCUAGUACUUUUUUUUUUUUCAAACCUCCUUUUUGAAAAAAUAAAAUAAAUAAAUUUCACUUGUGCUAAAAUAUAAAGUUAUUGCGUCACCGGUGGGCAGUAAGAAAAUUUUACCAUCAACAAAGAUACAAAAGUGAGCAGUUGGAUAUUUAAAGGAUGACUACCCCUGGUUUACACAGACAUUUGAUCCAGGUACACCAAUAGUGUUUAUUACAAGGUUUGCACUGUAAUCCUGCCAGUAAACACAAUUGGUGUAUACUGAUAUAUGAAAUGGCAGGCAGCUGUAUAUGUGAAAUGUGUUUGCCCUCCCCUGUAUUCAAAAAUUCCAGUAACGAGGAAACAAUAUCUGGAUCAAAUGUCUGUGUAAACCAGGGGUAGUCUUUUUCUCGAAAACUGCAAGAGGGCAAAAAUUUUAGUAAAUGAUUACUUUAAGUGUCUCUUUCUUUGCAGGUAUUGCAUUUUUUAUUAUUUUUUUGUCCCUCUAUUUUUUUAUUUUUUUUUACCUGAGCUUUUUGUUAUACAUAAGAUAAAUUAGGGAUUGUUUUUUUUCUUUUUUUUCUUCUAAUGUGGAUCGCAAGGUUCAGUUUUAGUUGUUGGGCUAAUUUACCCACAAUCCAUCAGUCAAAAUAAUCCAAGAGAGGGCAAACUGCAGACAUCAUGGAUAGAAAUUAACAAAAUAGAGGCACCCAGGUAUUCAGAUUCAGUGCAAGAAAGAAAAGAUAAUAUAUAUAUAUAUAUAAAUAAAGACCAGCAGCAAAGAGGGCAGUGUAAUUAUUAAGGGGCAUAAGAAAAGGGGGUGGGGGGAAGUGAUGGAGCCGCUUUAAACCAUCUCCCCCAUGAGCUCUUAAUAUACCUAGCUGCCUACCUUACAAUAUUCUGUUUCACAUUUGAUCUUUGUUCCUAGCACUGAAUCCAGAAUCUGAGAGUAAAUGUUAUUAUUGACUGUAGUUGCUUAUUAUUAGUGAUGAAAUUAAUUUACUGCUGUUCAAAUAAAACCAAAUAUAAAAGGGGAUGAGAUGCUACUCACUUGCAUGGAGAUACCAUAUGGAACAGCCUGGCCCACCAACUAAGUUGGAUUGCCUGCUUUUCAUUGGAAAUACAUAGCAGUGUACAGUUUGUUACAGUAGGAAAUAUACAGCACUGUAUAGAUUAGUGAACAGUGUUUAUGGAUUUGCAGGGAAUUUAAACUUGUAGGGAAAUGUACUUCCAUUAAUGACACAUCUGUUUUGGAUUGACCCUGUGCUUCCUGUAGGGCAGUAGCUAGUGUUAGUACUUUCUGUCUUUUGUCUGGCCGGUUAGUUCCAUGUCACAUUGUAAAACAUUCCCAUGACUCUGCUUAGAUUCACAAACACAGGAUGUUUUCCAAAAGUUCAUAGUCACCCAGAAUUAUUGUGCUGAAAGCAAAAACUGUUUAAGGAUAUUUACACUUUUCGAUAAGGCUAUUUGUCAAACAUUUUAAAUAUGACUUUGUUUUUUGUUUGUGUUAGAGAAAAUGUAUAUAUUUGUGUAUAUUAUAUAACGCAUGUAAUUUUUGUCACUAUUAUUUUUUUUUGUAUCCUCUUCAUAAUUUAACUAGACAGUCUUAGUCAAAUAUUCUUAUUUGUUUUACAUUUUUGUUUAUAUUCUAUUCACAUAGUUGGGUUUGUUUUUGUUUUUUGAAAAGUAAACAGUUCUUUUCUUCCCACAGACCGAGCAAGCCACAGUGAGUGCUGAAUUUGAAAGCUACAAAGUGCGUGUCCAUAAUGUUUUAAAACAGCAGAAAAAUAAAUCUAUUUCUCAAACUGAACAGGAGGUCUUCAAACAAGAGAGGUAAAUGGUUUAUUAAGGCCAGUGCACAUUUGUUAUCAAGCGCAGAAAUUUGACUGUCGAACAAUAUGACUUUUGCUUGUAUGCAUCAAAUAAUUGACAUUUUGAAUAGUCAAGUAAAAAUCUGUUAUUAAAUUUACAUUUUUUUAUUUUGGGAUAUUAUGCUCUUUAAUAUCCAUGUAUUGUAAAGUGCUGUGGAAUAAGCUGGCGCUAUAGAAGUACGAAUAAUAAUAAUAAUAAUGUAAGAGUAGCUUGGGAUGCCCCGUGAUAAUCAGGAGAGUGGAGGCUUUCCUUGUUGCAGACACCAACCUCUGUCUUAUAGCAGGGCAAGUACAGGGAGCACGCAGGCCAGGGAGAAGAUUUGCCAUGUUGCAGAUUGCAACUUCAAUUUUGCUCUUCUAUCUUCUGUUUUGUGUGACAUUUUUGUAAUUGUGAGAUUGCCAGACGUCAGCGGGAACAAAACCGUGAGGUUUAUAUUCCAAAAAAUGACCAACAAAUCACUUUAAUUCUGUUGUGUGAUCAGUAUCAUUAAGUGAACAGUAGACCAAGCAAGAAUAUACUCAAGUAAUUAAAAAAAACUAAAUUAAAAAAUGUGUUGAACCACACAUAAAUGAAUCUACCUACAGCAAGAGUUGUUACGUUUCCUUAAUUGUACAUUCAGGUAUGUAUAUGUAACUAUAGGAAACUGUUACAUAAAAGGGGAGUUGUCAUAGGUAAACUAUUUGCCUAAACCCAAUUGCAUCCUAUGGUGCCAUGAGGACUGUAUGGUAGCAAUGCUUGAAACUCAUGUGUACACAGGCACUUUUAUGUCACUUAGUAACUAGAUGCAAACCCAAGUCCAGAAGUUCUUAACAGAUAUUUUAUUCUAUUCCGUCUAUUUUGUACUGCAGUCCUAACCCCAAUAAACUAUUUAAUAGGAUUUUUUAUUUGGGUUAGGGAACGAGGAGCUGUCCUUAUCAGAAAAUUCCCAAAUGAGUAAUGUUGCAGUGUGUCAAAAGGGCAUAAAAUAGUCAGAAUAUAUAUUGGAGCACAGGGAUAGAAAACCUUUCGGCCCUCCAAAUGUUGCGGACUACAUCUCCUUGAAUGCUCUUACAGCCAUAAUGUAAUCCACAACAUCUGGAGUGCUGAAAAGCUGCCUACCUCUGCCGUUACAUAGUGCCUAAGCAGAAACAAAUCCUGUGGUUCAUUCCUUAGUGCUUAAAGAAUGAGAACAGUUAACAAAUGCUGUAGAUAACCACAUAUGAGAGUAUUUGUUUCGACCAUAAAUAAAAGGUUGGACUAUCCUUGGAUGGGUAUAAAUUGGUUGUCAAUCUAAAUGUUUUUUUUUUGUUGUCCGCAUCGGUCAAUCCACCCAUAUUUAGAAUCAAUGGCAUUAUAAAUGCACAGGUAUCUCCAUUAAAACUUCAGUUGCAUGCAACCAUAUUAGCAAAAGGGACAAUACUUUGCCAAUUAAUCUCUUCAAUACUAAAAUGGAGUAUAAAAGGUUUUAUUUUCCUGUAUUUUGCAGUAUGAAAUCUAGUCCCUCAAGCCUCACUCACCCUCGUUUAUACUCUAGUUAUGAUUACUGGCCUCUAGAGGAACACAUUUCUCUACAAGAAGAUACUAGUCACUUCUGAAAGUGUAAGCUCACCCCUACUUUCAAACCGUAAAGAAAGCUUAAUUGGGUGAUAGCAUUCUUAAAGUCAGGGAGUGAAUUCAUUCCCCCAUCUUACUGUCCGCAUUACAGUAGAAGUCCAGAGAUUGAUAAAAAUUGCUACAGCAGUUUUAAAUAUGUUCAUUUUAGAAAUAUAUAAUUUAGCUGUAUUUACUGUAUGUAAGCAUUAUUCUUAAAGGCGGAUAUUCUUUCUACAUUAUGUUGCAAUGUUUAGUAAACUGCACCACUAGUAAUGACUAGUAACCCUUUCUUGGUUUUUACAAAUACAAUUAGUGUUAAAUAAAUUUCAAACUAAAUAUAAAUACAUAAAUAACCCCAAAAAGGCAUAGAAUGUGUUUCAUGCAAAAACACAGUGUAACUAUUUAUUUAAAAUAGUGUGACAUAAAACAAAUUAUGAACACAAAUAUGGACUGUAAAUAGUGUACACACUCUUAUAAAGUGUAAAAAUACUUGCUUAAAAUACCCUUCGAAAAUCUGGAUCUAUUAUUAAAGAAAACAUUGAGAACCUAGUGCAGUAUUGCAAAUAUAUGUAUAUACAAUGAGUUGUAAAUAAAUGCACACUUGCCAACAUUGAGUGGAAAACAUAGCACUCAGAACUAUUCAGCCUUUGGUUGUUGUUGGAUCCAAUCUUUAUAAUGCAGUGCAAGAACUCACCACCACCAAAGGCUCGACUUUAUUGAUGUCCAAAAUACGGGUAAAAGCAAAGAGUGUCUGGAGGCUUUGUGUUCCCACCACUUAAUCCAAAUUUAUAUAACACAAUUUGUUUUUGCACACCAUUUUUUGCAUUUGUCCUGAUUUGUGAUUUUUUUUUUGCCAAAAUCUUUUGAUGGUUUCAGCAUUGUGGUUAUAUUUUCUAAUCGUGAUGAAGUAUUAAUUGUAUUGAGAUAUUAUUUCCAAAAAUUGUAAAUAGAGAUAUAUAAAGACAGAUCAGCAUAAUCACAAAAAUAUGUGAGAUGAUGAAAACUGCUUUAUAAAGAGCCUACCUCAGAGCUACAUUGAAAGGGGGGGGGGGUAUUAAUAAGUGGAUGAGGAGGUAAGGGGAAGAAAUGAAGAAAAAAACUCCCCAAGUACUUCUAAAAUUAUCCACUGCUUAUUGUACAAAAUAGUAGUGAGAGAAAAAUCCCUAGUGGAAUAGAAGUCUAGCCCUGUACACUAGAAGAGUUAUCCAAAUCUAGGGUUCCACCGAGUAUAUAGUAUGUACAAUGCCCCACUAAUGUAAAGGCAGGACAAAAUUAACCCCACUAAUGUGAAGGCAGGUCGGAAUUAACCUAUACAGGAAAAAAUAGGGGAAGGGGAAAGAACCAGGGCAGUUCCUAUAUGGACAAACCCUAGGUCCAGAGGAACCCCUCAGGACCAAAAACACUCGCUGCCUAGAGAAGUCCCUUGAAAAAUCAAAAAGAGGCUAACUAUACUGACUAACUAAAUAAAAGCAUACUGACUACCUAAGUGAUACCUAGUGAAAAAAGAAAACAUAAAUAAAUUAGAAUAAGCGCUCGACGCGCGUUUCAGCGUGUAUACACGCCGUCAUCAGGAGCAAUUAUGAAUACUCGUCCUACUCAGACCGAUUAAAUACCUUAAGCAAUCAGAGGUGAAUUACUCCAGCUGGUCCGACGUGUGGAGAGGGGAGUGGAUAUCUGACGUAAUCACCACUCCUCCUCAACAGCGCCAUCACUCGUGCCGGUGAUCACUCGUGCCGGUGAUCACUCGUGCCGGGAUGUCAUUGGGUAGUGCCAAAAUCAAUCAUAAGGGGGUGGAGAGGGGGAAGAUUAUACACAAACGGGCGCUCCGCCCCUCAGCAUAGCCGGGUCCCGAAAUGAAACGAUACUGAGGGAUAUUAUUUCCACUUUAAUCACUGCACUGUGCCAUCAUUUAUUCAUUGUUACGGUUCUUACAAAUACCUAUAAGUAAGGUUUAUUGACUAUUUUUAUUUUUAUAUUUGUCGCACCUAGUGUAUGUGAGAAAAAUAAAAUUGUUGCUUUUAUACUGAUAUUUCAGACUCUAUGUGCUGCAAGAUAAAGGACACCAUAUAUACGGCCGAACGCUUUUCAUUCCCAAAUAUUUUUUAUACAGUAUGAAUGAAUAAGUGAAAAAUAAGAUCGUUUAACUGUACAUAUUUUUAAGUUUGACUGCAAGGCAAUAUAUAGACAAAACUGUGGUGUCAUGAGUUGUGUAUAUGAUAGCCAUGCAUUCCUUGCUUCAUAUAAAUGUUAUGCUAAUAUUUUUUUCAGUCAAAUUGUUCUCUGUAGUAAAAGGGGUUAAAGGACCACUAUAGUGCCAGGAAAACAAACUUGUUUUCCUGGCACUAUAGGGUCUUUGGGUACCCCCACCCUCAUGGCCCCACUCCCGUCGGGGUUAAAUUCUUACCUUUCUCCAGCGCCGGGCUCCCUGGGGACUCGUCUCCCUCUUGCCGCACAUUCGCAUACGUCGGAUGACGCCGGAAGAGCCGCGCGCGCAUUCAAUCAGUCCAUAGGAAAGCAUUUCUCAAUGCUUUCCUAUGGACGGCAGCGCCUUCUCACUGUGCAAAUCAGAGUGAGAAGCGCCUCUAGCGGCUGUCAAUGAGGCUGGAUUAACCUAUAUGUAAACAUAGCAGUUUCUCUGAAACUGCUAUGUUUACAGCUGCAGGGUUAACCCUAGAUGGACCUGGCACCCAGACCACUUCAUUGAGCUGAAGUGGCCUGGGUGCCUAUAGUGGUCCUUUAAGGAGAAUCAACAUGAAAAAAUUAUGGCUGAGACUUGUUUACACAGUGUCUCUUUGUUUCUGUUUUUAAUUAGCCAUUGACAGGGUCUGCUGUCUUUGUUUUCCACAUUUGACUUGCACGGAUCAUUAGACAAUGCUACCAUUAAUACCAACUGGAACAUGCAGCAACUACUAUCUACUCAAGAUGGUGUCUUGCUAAACCUGAUGGUGUCAGCGUAUGGUCUAAUCUGCAGAACAUGUGGACAACUGAUUGCAUGGCAAUCUCAUUCUUGGCUCAUAGUUCAUUCCUGUAAACUGAGCAAAUGCUGGUCUUACAUGCAUAAUGCACUGAUCACAUUGAAGUACUUUUAGAGCUUUCAUCUCAUCUUGCCCCUGAUUUAGUUUUCAUUUAUCACAACAUGAUUUAUUUUUUAGAUUAUCACUAGAUGUUUUCACGGUUUUAAAAAUAACUCCAUAUUUGUUCAAUUUUAAUUUGCCAACAUUUUCUCCUUUCCAUUAAACCCAGCUGGAAAGUUACCACUACUCCAGCUUCUGUUUGUAACAAUACACAAUUAGAAGCUUUGUGAAACAAUUUUUGGAAAAUAACACAAUUGACCUUGUAUGUACAUACUUGAAAACAAGAGAAAUCUUAAUGUAUCUUUCCUGGUAAAAUAUUUUAUAAAUAAAUGUACUGUAUAUACUCGAGUAUAAGCAGAGUUUUUCAGCACAUUUUUUAUGCUGAAAAAGCCCCCCUCGGCUUAUACUCAAGUCAGGGUCUGUAUUAUGGCAACUUACAUUGCCAUAAUACAGACCAGGUCGAGCCCGGCGGUACUGGGGAGGCCGGCAGCAAGCGGUUACCUUUCCAGCAGCUACCUUCAGCUCCCCAAUGUAAAUCUCGCAAGUCUCUGACGGGCGUGGCAACGCUCCGCGCGGCAAGCAGACCGUGAGAUUUACACUGUGGAGCUAAAGGGAGCUGCUGGAAAGGUAAGUAACAGCUUGCUGCCGACCCGCCCACUGCUCAGCCCAUGCCACACACACACUGCAUUCACACAAACACACACUCUGCAUUAUAUACACACACACACUGCAUUCGUUAUAAACACACACUGUAAAUAAAUAUUCAAAAAAAAUAUUCAACCUACUGAUGCCUCAAUUAGUCUAUUUUUAUUUUGAGAUUUACCGGUAGCGGCUGCAUUUCCCACCCUAGGCUUAUACUCGAGUCAAUAAGUUUUCCCAGUUUUUUGUGGUAAAAUUAUAUUCAGGUCAGCUUAUACUCGAGUAUAUAUGGUAUAGCAAGCUGUUAUGCAUAAUAUUCUGGACCGAAACAGCAAAAAUGCAUUAUUGAAAGUAUUUUUAUUUGAAAUAAUAAUCCAUGCUAUUUCUCUAUAUUUCCCAAUUUUAGGGAGCACUUGCAGAUAAUGCUUGACCAGGUAAAAGCUAAGCUGCAAGAGACACAACAGAACCUGCAGAUCAAUACAUCUGAGUUGCUUGCUUUACAGUCUGAACAUGACACACUGCUUGAGAGACACAACAAGAUGCUACAAGAGACUGUUACAAAAGAGGCAGAACUUAGAGAGAAGUGAGUCGUGCACAUCCAUUUAAACUAGUAAUGUCAUCAUUUAUUCCUCAUGUUCUAAAAACGAAUGCACUUUGAGGAGUUUUAAACCUUUUCUACACCAUGGCACUCAAUAAUCAAAACAUAUCCUAUAGGGGGGUAUCUUCUAUUGAAUAAAAAAGUUAUAUUGUAAUUUGUGAGUGUGUAUAAUUGCACAAAUCCUUAAGACAAUAUUCACCUUUUGGUGUAAAAUACCCUAUUUGGGCAAUAUUAUUAAGAUGCAUUUUACUUACCUGGAAUCGAGCUCCAGGCGCUUACUUUUACAUCUCCUUCUGAUGUCUCAUGGGCCUUGCGCAGUACUGUUGCAGACUUCUCAUAGAGAAGCCUGUGAUUGGCCCAUUUUGUUGGCUCAGAGCGCAUGCGCGCAAUCUGAGCCAGAUAGGUAAUUAAAUUAUUUGUAUAAAUACCAAUACAAGUAGAAUGAAGGAAGGGAAAAACUAUCUCUCACAGCAUAGCUCUGGGCUGCCUAAGUCGUGUUUGAUGUGGGUGCAACUAGCCCCAAGAACACAAUUGAAAAUAACUCGGUAUGUGCAUGUUUCAAGCAGAAACACUGCACAUACGGACUCGUACCACCAUGGCAACUUCAAAUCACUGAAAUGGUCAUGGUGGUUGGAGAAACCCUUUAACAUUGUAUUUCUUUUAGAUUUCAGCCCUCAAUGCUAUAGAUUCCCCUGUCAGCAGAAUAUUGCCUUAUACACACGCUUACACAUAAACCUGAUUCCUUGCUAAAUAGUGAGUCAUAACAACUGACCAUGGCUAGAUUUCUGCAGACGCCUUGACUCGUUGAAUGAGAAUAUAUAAAUCCAUGUGUUUGGCUCACCACUUGAAUUCCUAUAUGAAUUAAUUGUGUUCAUGCAUUACUAGUCAUUAAGUUUGAAUAUUGGCCCAUGUUCACCUGAGACUCUGGCUUGUUACUAAUAAAUAUUUAAUAUUUCAGAUUAUGCACAGCGCAGUCUGAGAAUGUGAUUCUUAAAACUGAGCAUGCACAGGCAAUCAGCCAGCUCAGCGCCCAAAUUGAAGCUCAAAGGAACAGCUUUCAGGACAAAAUCAGACAUAUGCAAGAUGAUCAUAGGAAAACAGUGGAGACUCUACAGCAACAGUUGACUAAGGUAGAAUCACAGCUCUUCCAAAUCAAGAGUGAAUCCUCUGUGUCAAGUAAGUUCAAAGAAAAUCUGUCCAUUUUAUUGAUAGCCUUGAUAUUUCUUACUUCAUAUUUAAUGUGUCUAUCACAGACCUGUUAUUAAAUAUUUAAAUGUAUACUCAUGCUCUGUUUUGCAUUAGUAAUCAAUUAUUGACCCUGCCAAUCAGAAAAACCAUUCGUAUUUUAUUUCUUGUUAAUUAGUCCUACAAAAUAACUGAGAUCAGUAAGAAGCAAGACAAUUCAUUGGUUAACCUGGGGAGAUUUUUCACUCAGACAAAUGGAUAUUUGUUUUCCAUUUGAAAAUAAGGAUUGUUGGAGGCAGUCCUACAUGUUAACCUCUCAGAAACCUAUUCAUCCAUAAUAAAAUAAACUUUUGUUCAUUCUUACAAAAGCAUAUCUGUUUGUAAAUUGGGAGUUGGCUGAUUUGGUAAAUUAAGGCUGAGCUUUUGUUUUCCACCAUUUUUUUGUUAAAAUAUGACUUUCACAUUAAAAUAAAAAUGUUUUCAUGUGUAUGUUUUCUCAUCUGUGCACGUGAUUUUUUUUUUUAUUAUUUUUUUAUUUUUUUUUUGUAAGUGCUAAUGGUCCCUCACAAAAUAAACCAUGGUUCUUGUGAGAAUCUACACAUGCUGUGUUCCUUGUUUGCUGUCCAUUAAAAGCAACUUGUGUGCUCAGCUGGAUGCUGUGUGGGAGGAACACUGGGAAAACAUGUUACAGGCUGCAGGUGACUCAGGAAAAUAUUACAGAAUAGAUGUUCAGAAGUUAACACAAUAACAUAACCUGCCUCACAUAUACAAUGCAUUCUAUAGUCCAGAAAUCUUAUUUUUCUUUAUAUUCUUGUUUGCUGGUAUUGUGCUGCCAAGUCCUUGCUGAUUUUCAGGAUUAGCAUGGCUAUGUACUUACUGCAAGCUGUGACCUCGUCAAGAGCCUUGUCUUGAAAAUUUCCCAGUAAAUCAUAAAGUCAUGUAUUGUCGAUUCUGUCCAAAUUAAUAUCUCGCCUAAUCCCUUGACACUUGUAAGUUCAUUAUGCUUGCUUGUAUUUGUCCUUUUACUUGACUUGGCUUUUCUUUCUUUUAUUUUCUCCUUCUGUUGAUUCAGUAAUGUAUGGCCCGUGUGAUUACAUAACCUCUCAGCUUCUGUCAAAUUCAGUCUUGCCAAGGCUUUAUGCAGGGUUAUUGGUGUAAAAUAUGAACAGAUUUUUACCUAGUUUCUGUUUUUACUCUUCUUUAUGCUAAAAAAUGGUGUUAAAUUUGUCUGAUGGAAUGAGAGACUAGAUGUUCUCAUGUUUGUUGGCAUGUGUUUAUUCUCUAAAAUCUCAUUUAAUCUUCCAGCUGCUCCAAUUUGUUUCAUUUCAAGAUCAUUGUAACAUGCAAAAAAGUGCCUAAAAGGAAUUGAGGACUUGUAUAUAUUAUUAUGCCAAAAUACCAGAGUAUUGCAGUGUGCAAUAAGACCUUUUACCUAACAUAAUAUUUCAAAGACAAGCUUUCGCCUCUCUUCCUCAGGUACUCUGCUUCAGACCUGAGAAAGAAAGGAAAACUCUCAAAAGCUUGUCUUUAAAAUAUGUUAGUCCAAUAAAAAAGGUAUCAUUGCAUAUUGCAAUACUUUUCUACUGGACUAAAACAGCUAAUCCGAUCUACACUAUAUAUAUAUAUAUUAAAUUAGUUUGAAAUCCUUUAAAUCAAUACGUGUAAUAUGGCACUUAAAUCAAAUGUUUAUAUCUGCAUUUGUAAAGGAAAUUAUGAAUUAAUCUUUUAAUAACGUACAAAUACAGUAUUACAUUGUGACGGGGCUCUGUACUCUGACUGCAUACUUUAGCCAGGUCAGCUUCCUUACCUCCAGGGGACUAUGGAUCACUACAAAUCCUUUUGCUAAAGUUUAACUGGGGUCUCUGAGUACCUCUUCCACUUGACCAGGCUGCAACAGGUAUAGCUGUCAUUACUCAAGAGACCGUCUCUCUUGUAAAGCAGUGAUUGUAGCUUUUCUCCUACACAUUCGUCAAGACUGAAUGUAGGGGAUAGAAUGAUCUUUAUUGCACACAACACAGCUAUUUAUACAGAACAGUGUUGACAUGCCCUCCGAGGGUUCCCCCAUACAAUGCAGUGCACAGUAGAAUUGUCCCUCCCUGGUACUACUGUAUCUGGGAACUUCAGCACAGCACACAAAAUGUUUACCAGAACCUCCUUUUUCUUAAUCGUAUCCCUACACAAUAUAUAUCACUGGAAAGCUAGCACCGAGUGCCCUUCCUAUACAAAUAGCUCCCUGAUAGAAAAAUUUGUGCCCAAGUUACAGCGUGUUAAAGUUUUGCGGCUAUUCUCCAAUCCUGCGAGGAGUUCCAUGCGUGCGUUAGUCCUGGUCUCACAAAAUGGGUUCCCGGACUGAGGGGGUCCGAGCAAUAUCCACUUAAAGUUUUAACAGACCAUGCCACAGUCCCGAUUCGAGGAAUUGUUACAGAGUGUUUCAGGGUAUGUCCCUGUCAGGCACUCAAUGUGUAAGAUGAGUCCAGGCGAUCCCCCCAGGUCCCCAUAGCCCUCGCCACAGUGACAACAGCUCUUUCAAGGUGUUUUUGGACCAGGCCCAUAGCCUAUGAGCAAGAGUCAGUCCUUCAAAGUCCUCUCCAAAAGUCAGUGGCACAGGAGCUUCUGUCACAAACACAUGUAGUAUAUUCCUCAACUUCUUGUUUUCAGAACUUUGAGAUAUCAUAUUUCCCUUUCAGGUUCCCAACAAUCAUUAAAGAACUUGAGAGAAAGAAGACAGACUGACCUUCCCCUCCUGGAUAUGUACUCUGUGGCUCGAGAAGAAGGAGAAGGGAUGGAAACAACAGACACUGAAUCUGUGUCUUCUGCUAGUACGCACGUGGCAUCAUUAGAGCAGCUUCUCAACUCAUCUGAUCUAAGACCCGGUGAGUGCAAUCUGUCUAAUAUCAAUCAGUGGAUGCUGUGACUCUUUAUUCUGUAAAUCUUAGACUAGAGUGAAAGUUUAGGUUGAAUUUCUGGAUGAACUUUUUAACUUUAAAUUUUGAUUUAAUAAGCUUUCUUAAUGAUUUAUUACUGUUAGAAAAUGUUUCAAAAUAAUGUAUCUACAGAAUUAACCAUUAAAGUCUAUGGGAUUUUUUAUUUUUUUUUGUAGCUAUAUGUUUUUUUUUUUUCAAAAUGUUUCUAACAGUAUGGCAUAAUUGAGAAAGCCUAUUAAAUAAAAGCCUUUGUUGGAUCAAAGCUUCUGAACAUAUUUAGUCACUUUGUCAUGUGGAGCGACAAUGUGAAAGUGUUUCUUAGGUAAGUCUUUGUAGGAAACUAGUAUUGUGAACAAAUCUAUUUGGCAUUGCUUUUAUCUUAAUAAAAAUUGCUGUAUUCAGACUUAAAAGCUGUGCCAAUGGUGCCUGAUGUUUUGUAUUUUCGGUAUAAUCACAAUGAUCUAGACAGUGCCAAUUAGAACAUUAAAGGCAAUGUAAAUUAAUUGUACAUUAUCUUGAAAAGCAAAAUGUUUUUUGGGUGUCUAGAGCAUUGUCUAGAGCAUUGUCCAUAAUAAUAUAUUUUCCAACUAUCACUUGCUGUUGCUUUUAGUAUGUGUGUGCCAAACCAUAUAAGGUAAUAUAGGAACCUUUUGACAUUCGCUAGUGGUAAAAUGGAAGCUAAAUGUAAAAGAGAGUAUAAUAUAGUAUUGCAUUUAUUUGAAGUUUGAUCUAGUACUUGUCUCCAUGUUACAUUAGAUCAGGUUUUGUACAAAGCCUUGGGUUAAAGGAGCACUCUAGGGUCAGGAACACAAAUGUAUAUUUCUGACCCCAUUGUGUUAAAACCACUAUCUAGCCCCCUGCCCUCCUCUUGCCUCCCUAAAUAUAGUAAAAUCUUACUUGUAUUCAAGCCUGAAGCUGCUGGCUUUGCUCCUGUCUGCCUCAGACCUGCAAGCUGUCAGCUGACAUCAGAAGUGUUGUUCUAAGCCAAUCGCAGUGCUUCUCCAUAGGAUUGGCUGAGACUGUGAAGGAGGCAGAUUAGGGGCAGGGCCAACACAAGUCAAACACAGCUCUGGCCAAUCAGCAUCUCCUCAUAGAGAUGAAUGGAAUCAAUGAAUCUCUGGAAGAAAGUUCAGUGUCUGCAUGCAGAGGGUGGAGACACUGAUAUGUUGUGAUGCACACUAGCCAAGACUGUUUAAGGAAGCAGCUCUUGUCAGUGAAGUUAUCACUAGGCUGUAAUGUAAACACUGCAUUUUCUCUCAAAAGACAGUGUUUACUGCAAAAAGCCUGAAGGGAAUGAUUCUACUCACCAGAACAAAUGCAAUAAGCUGUAGUUGUUCUGGUGACUAUAGUGUGCCUUUAAAUAUGCAUGUGUCCAUAGUUUUUCUGUUUUUUAUAUUAUACAUCAACAUUUCCAAAGAUAAUUAUGUCUAUUUCCGCUUAAAUUAUUUACUAGAUAAAUUAACAGAACCCACUUUAUGGCAACCAGAAGUUUCUAAAGAAGAACUGACCCAGAAACUAACUACCACAUCAAAGAGUGUUGAUCAUCUAAGUGGGCUUCUUCAUGAAACAGAAGCAACUAAUGCCAUUCUUAUGGAACAAAUUACAGUAAGUCUUUGUUCUCAUCUGCACCUUAACUUUUCCAGCAUUGUAAAUAGAAUUGUUUUUCUUCCUACAAUGGUGAAUGACUGUUGACAACUUGACCACUAUUUUAAGGAGGAAUUGGUCAAUUAUGUAUAUUUGAUACUCGCUUCGCCGAACUAAUUUGAAUUGUGGACUUUUGUAGGUAAUUUCUGAUCAGUGUUUGCUAUGCUGGAAAUUAGGCAUUUCAAGCUUAUUUUCACCUUUCAAAGGAAAAUAUCUUUCCUCUCUCGGACUAAGCAAAACCUAGUAGUUUUUCACACCUUAUUAUUCUCUAAUAGUGAUGAAAUUAAUAAUUUCAUUGAAUGUAUUAAAUCAAGGCUCAACAUUUUUACUAGCCUUUGGUGAAUGAAAAUUCAGCCUUGGUGAAUGUGCAGUGGAUUCACAAGGCGUGCAAUGGCACGUAGGAUUUAGGCCUGUUAGCGUAGGACUUGAAAUUGUGAGCCCUAAAUUAAAUUUUUCCAUAAGUGGACAUGCAAAAGAUCACCCAGUGAUCUUGGGGUUUAGGAAACGAGGUUCUGGCAUGUCAUCCUAACAUGACCACUUCAUUGAUUACUGUGCAAUCUAUUGUUGAACUGGAGAGAUCUUCAUCAAGUGGCACAGCUGCCCACUAGUUUUUGCAAGUAUUUUCCCCUGUCCUAGUGGAUAUUUUACUGCAUUCCGACUCCAUGUUUAAACAUAGAAAACUGCCUAAGUGUAUCUUUUUGCUCUUGUAAUCAACUUUCUCACAAUAGCUCUACAAAGACAGAUCACAAUAAGGGACAGAAUUCUGUUCACAAAUUCACUUAAAUUGCAUUUACUGUUGAGUGCACUUGUGACUUUAAUCCCUAAAAUCUUAUUUUGUAGUUUUAUUCAAGUUAAUAUGCCACCUACAUUUUUUAAUACUAUUAAAUUUACAGAAUAACUCUCCCAGCAUGUUUAGACAUUUUAUUUGAGGCAUCUAACUGGGAAACAAUUUUAUGUUUUGUGCUUAUUUGUUAGCUUCUUAAGAACGAAAUUAGGCGCUUGGAGAGGAAUCAGGAGAGAGAGAAAUCUGUGGCAAAUUUGGAAUAUCUGAAGAAUGUACUGCUACAGUUCAUAUUUCUGAAGGCAGGCAGUGAGAGACAGCGCCUCCUUCCUGUCAUAGACACCAUGUUGCAGCUAAGUCCGGAGGAGAAGGCGAAACUGGUUUCUAUUGCUCAAGGUAUGGUGAAGCGCGUGAUGCAUUAGAAAGUAUGCUCCAUCAUUAGACUUAAUACUAAAUCGCUUUCAGUAGAAGACCUGUUUUAGCUCAUUUUCAAGGAAAAGUGUAAAAAGCAUCUUUGAUAUCAUGACAAUGUGAGGACCUUUUUUUUUUUUUAAAUAAAUAUUUAUCUCCUUUGUUUUCAAAGGUGAAGAAGAAGCAGCUGCUCGUCCCGCAGGUUGGGCUUCCUACUUGCAUAGCUGGUCAGGACUCCGGUAGUACCAAGGAUAUGUACAGAUGCACACAAUACAUUCCAGAAUUGCACUAUGAAGACACAUACUUCCUUACUUUUACUUUUAUUAUUUUACUUUUAUUUGCACCCCAUGAUAAGACAUUUGUUUGGUGGGGGGUUUUUCUACCCUGCGUUUUAAAGCUUUGUGUUUGCUAUGACAGAUUAAUUAUUUAGUUGUCAAUAGAAAACUUUUUAAAGAGAAGUUAUUGGAUUUCCUUUUCCAUGACAUACAACCUAGUGCAGGGUUGGGUGUUAAUACAAGUGUUCCGUUUCCUUCUUCAGUAUAGUUUGAUGCCUGUUAUUAGAUUGUGGCAUUUAUCUUACAAAUCAGCCUUUGUAGCACCAACAUUGUAUGACAAUGAAUGCUAUAUCCCUAUCUGGAAUGAAUUAGUCAUAGGAUUGUAUAUUGAAGAGUUAUUUAGGUUUUACUUGUGAAACGAAACCCCCUCAACAUCUUAGCUGCUUAAUUUUCAGCAAUCUAUGCUGGAUGAUUCCCUUUAACUCAGAUACUGAUACCAAGCGAGAAGAGACAAAAGCCUUUCACUUGUUGCAUAGGUUUCAGAAAAGGGAAAUGAGCAGAUCAUUUUCUCUUUAAACAUAAAUAACAUGGUAUUCUCAUGUAUCCAUAGUUAUUUAACUAAAAAAUAUACUGUGCAGUUGGCUUUGUUUUUUGGGGGUUUUCUUGUUUGUCUUUAAGGUGGGGGGUUAUUUUUUUUGGGGGGGGGGGUAGUGUUCUUGUUUGUUUGUUUAUGUCUGCAAUAUGUAGUUCUAUAGGUACAUUCUAAUGCACCCAUCAUGCACAACGUUCUUCUUUGUAAUGGUUUUAAUUCUUUGAGUUGCAUAAAUGUUGUACCUAGUACAUUUUUUUUUCUAAUCCCAACUAAUAAUGUGAAAAAUCACCAAUUCUUUCUGUAUUUUAGCAUUCUGAAUUCUUCUUUAGUUCUGUAGAUGAUUAGUUGUUGCAGCUGUUUAAUCAUGUCUCCACCAGUGCCUUAAUUACAUCAUGUUCGGUGCAAUUUAGAGGACAUGCUCUGUGUUUUACCAUUUUGAAAAGUCCAAGGUGGGAAGUUUGAAGAUUUACAAGUAGAAAUUUACAAUAAUGCGUGAAUGGUUGAUUUAUUCUGCUGCUUACGGAGUUUUGAAGAGAUUUUAUAUUCUGUAAGCUAAUGAUGACUAACUUUGACAUUUGAGCGUAGGAGCAUUAUGAGAUAUGUAAUGGAUAAUCACGCCACAGUUUAGGCCUAUGGAUCCAUAUAUUAAGAGUUGGAUAUGGUUGUUCCACCAUAUGCCUUCCAGGAUUGCACCAUUAUUUAAAGAACUCUUCUAAAAAUAUUUUUUUAAAUAAACUUCUCUUAACAAAAUGGUGGUCUGACAACCUUAAUGGGAACUAACACGAACAUUUAAAAACAAUUUGAUGUGAAUUUGACAAUAAGUGACACUAACAUUUUAAAAACAAUUUGAUGUGAAAUUUAAACAACCAGUUCGGAUUCAUGAUUAUGUUGUUAUACAUAUGUUAAAAUGUGUUCACUUUUUGUAUUAAAUAGUAUUUUGUUACUUUUUGUGUUUGUAAUGUAAUUUUGGAUUUUAAAUGAACACUCAAAGCACCAUAACAACUACAGUGUGCUGAAGUGGCUAUUGUGCCAGGAGUGAGCAGGCGCCGCCUGAUGUAAGUAGUCAAACUGUUUUCUAACAGUUUGACAACUUAUCUAGGUCUCCCAGUUGCCACGCACUCCAUCAAUUGAGAGCAGGAAGCUCAUUCAUGGAGCUUCUGCUAUCACCCCAGAAUUAAAAGUUGUCAGACCAGUAGCAAACCUUUAUUGGGAACACCAGGGCACUAUAUCUCCAUAACCUCCACAGCAUGUUGGAGGGUUCCAUUACAACUAUAAUUUCUAGACUGUUGGUCAUAUAAUCUGUCUACAAUACUAUGAUUUGAUAUGUUAAUAUGGACCUUGGAAAUAAGUGUGUGUGUGUGUGGAAAGUUAAUACAGAUUGUGUCAAUUUGUUAAAGGGACACUAUAGUCACCUAAACAACUUUAGCUUAAUGAAGCAGUUUUUGUGUAUAGAACAUGCCCCUGCAGCCUCACUGCCCAAUUCUCUGCCAUUUAGGAGUUAAAUCCCUUUGUUUAUGAACCCUAGCCACACCUCCCUGCAUGUGACUUGCACAGCCUUCCAUAAACACUUCCUGUAAAGAGAGCCCUAUGUAGGCUUUCUUUAUUGCAAGUUCUGUUUAAUUAAGAUUUUCUAUUUCUUUACCAUUGUGACAAAAUGUAAAAUGCUUAGAUGGCAGUUCAGUUUCCCACACAUUACGUAAAACGUAUUUUAGUUUACUGUGGUGAUGUGUGAUUAUUUUCUUUCUUUUUUUUAUUAGUUUUUCCCACAAAUCCCACCACUUACGUACCACCCCUCUAGCAGUACAUAUCCCUUUUAAAUCUAAUAAUACAGCUAAAUGUUGUGUGAUCACACAAAACUGUAUUCUCUUGGUAGUCCUGUUUACUCUACCUGGAUUAUGUACAACCCAAUCUUCUCUUUCAUCUGGUCCUGAUUACUUAGCAAAAAUAGCCUAAUUAAUGGUUUGGUAGAUUGCCGCAACUAUACAAUAUUCAGUAGAAAGUCUCAUACAUGCUGAUCCUGCUCCGUACUUCCACAGAAAGUGGUUGGAUUUUUUUUAAAAUGCAUUAUUUAAUAUGUUAAGACAAGGUGUCCUCUCUGGCUUGCAUUCAUCUUUUUGUGUUCCUGUCCAGAAACCGUUUUACUUUUGUAGAUAUAAAGCAGAGCUGUGUGUGACAUGAAUUAUAAAAGUAUGAAAACAAUGCAGUAGCUUUUAAAUACUUUUUUUUUUCUUUGCAACUUCAUCCCACUGAUAAAUGUUGUAAUAACUUGUAGGCCAUGAAAUGCUCAAAGCAAUAUAUUUGAAUCAAAUUUGCUUUCCAACACCUAUUUAAAAACAGAACAAUAUUUUACACACAGAUUGCUAAAAUCAACAUAUAUAUAUAUAAAUAAAAGGGUUGUUUCAUAGAACUGUUUACAUGUAUAGUGGGGAAUUAUAGAAAAUUAUCUUAAACACAACAGCCAGUAUUUUGGCUAUAUAUUCUCUAAAUGCAAUCAAGAGACCUCAACGCCAUAGUGCAGGAAACAUUUUACUCCUAAACUCAUUUUUACGUGUCUGUCCCGAGCACUCUCAGAAUAUCAUUGCCAUGCAAGGUUGGAUUGCGUAAUGCAGUGGUGCACUUUUACAUUAGCUGAGGGGCAGGCAGGGUCCAAUUAUAGGUGUAUAGAGUCCUUUUUUUUGCAAAUUGCUUGAAAACAGUUUGACUCAUGGGGGUGGCACCCUGGACACUUCGUACCAUUGCAUCUCUUAUAAGCUGCACUUGUUAUGGGGCUUAGAGUACUCCUUUAAACCGUUAGCAUUUUCAUGAAUUAUCACUUAUGUAAACUGAAUAAGCCAUGUAGAUGACAAGUUCACCUUUAGAUUGAUAAAUAUUUAAUCUAUACAUUGUGCUCCAAAAUAUCCAACCAAUGAAUUGAUUAAAAGAAAUAUAUAAAUUGAUGUCUUUUUCUCCAAAUUAGUCACCAAGGAUUUGUGGGAUGCUUCCACGUCACUAAGAGAUAAUGUGGGUACACAUACAGCUUCUCCUGCACCCCACGUUUGUAUCGUUUACAAUAUGCCAGUGGCAGAUCGCUAAAAUCUGUCAGAAAUGUUUGGUGAAAUAUAGUGUUUCAAUUGUACAGCUGGUGGCAAUUCAGCUAGCAGAGUGUGUAGUUUAAAAUGUUCUCUACAAAGGGCACUAUGUCAUUGUUUGUCGUGAUAAGGGCAGUUUAAAAAGUAUGGCCAUCAAUUUCUUAACACUCCUUAUAUUUAUAUAUUUUGUCAAGUAAUAAUGCUUGUGUUUUGUGUGUUGUUUAAGGAAUUUAGGCUAAGCUUAUUUAUAUAUUUUCUGAAGUAACCCACAUAACCAGUGGCACUCCAUAUCUGGCAGAUUACAAACCAAAGACAAUUGUAUUUAAAUACACCCAUGAUCUAAGAAGUGAUGUAUUGUGCCUGUAAAUGCUAUUGAAAUAGUUUGUUUGCUAAUUCAGUGUAGAAUUUCCAUAUGUUACUUGAAAGGAACACUCCAAUGUUAAAAAUCAAUAUAUUUAUUUCUAACAAUGGUGUGUUCUUUUGAUUUGGUGCCCAAACUGCCCACAGUGUCCUCAAAUAGUUACCUCUGAUCCAGCAGCGAAACACCUUCUCGCGGUAACUCUGCUAUGCUUUCUGGAGAUCAUUACUAGUGCUUCUUUCCUCUUCCUUUCUAACGGUUCUAACGAAAAAGCACUGGGGUGCUAGUGCGUAGUAGAAUGAUUUUCCUAGGUAAACAAUGCUUUUUUGUUAAAAAAACAAACACAAAAAACCCUCACUUGUACUUUGAUCAAGGGCUCAAAGCAAAUUGUGGAAGAAAAACACCUUGGCUGUCAGACAGCCAGGAAGGUGUAACUCUGGAAAUUUAUAAACGUGCCUAUUUCUUUGAAAUUGGCUCUUUUACAAAAUACGAAAGAGGAGACAGUCAACACAUAAAGCACAGCUAGCUACCUGAAGUGCUGUAUCUAUUUGGAAUGUUCAUUUAACCUUGCCUAAAUGUGAUACCAAUGGCUUGUUUUGGGGUUUUUUAUUAUGGAAUUCUACAUUUUGUAACCAUGGAUAAUAGUACUUUAAACUUUGUAUUUUCACAUCACUGCUAACUAACAUUUUGAUAUGCUGUGAAAUAUGUGUUUUUGGUUUUUUGUUCCCUCCAUAUUUAAAUGGUUGUAGAUUAGACCCUACUGGUAUAUAACGUAAGACCCAGGAAUCAGUAGGAAAUUGGUUUAUUAAUUGAUGGCCACUUAUGCCCCCUUUGUCAUCUAGUUGAAAUUGCUAGAGCUAGAUGGAAACUUUAUUUUUUUAAAGAGCACAUAUUUAUCUGAAAGAGAUUAGCUGGAAAAUCCCAUUGGUUUGCAAUAUAUUCCUGUUCAACUUUUUGAGCUUUGUCCAAUAUUUACUCUUCAUAAUCACUGUUGUGAGUACUGAUAUACUUACAUCUUCACAGCAGAUAACAUGCUGAAAGUUUUUCAUUGGCUUAAGUGUCUGUGAUAUUAUAUUAUUUCCAUUUGCGUAUUUAGAAUGAAUGUAGACCUGUCUGUUGAUAGGCUACUUUUAAUUAUAUUGGUGUUUUGGUUUUGUUUUUUGUUUUUUUAUUCUUUUCUAUUUAUUUGAGAAGCUCCUUUAAAAUCCACAUGUAAGCACCUUCAUCUUACUGGCUAUGGAAAUUCCAGUUUGCGGUUAGCCAUGUGAAAUUAACUUACCUGGUAAUGAUUCUAUAUCGCAUGGUUCUGCAUGUCCAAGCAACAGUAUUGCUAGAACUGGAAUGUUAAUGUUGACAGUAACAAUUAUUUUAACCUUUCAGUGGCAAGUGGCAGCCGAAAUGUGGCAACAGUGUAUAUAUCCCACAUCAUCUCCACUCGGGCACUAAAGAGGUUAAUAUGCCUUGAUUAUCCAAUGUGAAAAUAGUGUGAUGGUAUGAUUUAUGUUAAGAUUUUAUUUAAAAUAUGUAAAAUUACAUGAAAUGUACUUUUAAAAUGCAGUAAUUUUGUACCAUUGACAUUAUAUAUAUAUCAUACAUUUCUCUGUUCUGCACCUCAAAAUUUGUAAAAAUAAAACAAAAACAAAAAGACUUGAAAAUGUAAAUUUUAAAUUCUGUUCCUCAAAAACUGAAAAAUUAACUAAAAUUAAAAAACACAGCUACUGAAAAAAUGUUAAGGGAAUAUGUCUAUUUUUUGUAUGCAAUUUCAGCAGUCAAAUGUGGGAAAAAAGGGAAAUAAAAGGCAGCAAAGAAGGGCAAUGAGACAUUUUUAAAGGGUUACAUGGUAAAUAUCCUCUCUCUGCCUCCUUCCCUCAUUCUACUCCCCUUGUCCCCCCCACCCUCCGUGGGUCUUGUAACUACUCUGGCAGCAGAAAUGCAAUUUGCUAUGAAAGGCACCAGGCACCAUGACUGCUUCAAAUCAGUGAAGUGGUCAUGGUACUUAUAGUAACUCUUUAAGAGAUGAGUUAAAAAAACUGUAGUGUUCAUCAUCUGUUUUAUAGGGUGGGGACUGGUUGGAUUUUAUAUUUCUUUUACCUACCAUGUUUGGUUCUUACAGGUGACUAUAGGAUCUUGGGACUGUUUUUGUUUGAUUUUUUAAAUUUUUUUAUGUGGGUCUACUGUACUGGUAGGUAAUAGCCAGUUGGCACAUUGAAUUUGAUUACUACACGAAUAUAUGAAUCAAAUGUUUGGGGAUAAACCUGUUCUAGAGGGCAGUACCAAUAAUUGGAUAUACAUGCAUAUCACAUUUGUGUUAAUUUGGCGUUUGGAUUGAGAGAGGCCUCAUACACCAAAUCCACUACAAGCAAUAUCCUUCAUUUUCUCCAGCAACUUCCAGCAAGGUCUGAAGUACUGGGGAUUGAUUAGAAGACGCUACCAUUAUUCUGUCUUUUGUAUAGCCCCUCUGUGGAUGCAUAUUUUAUUUAUUCUAUUGUUAUUCUCUUCACUGUCAGUGCAAAUUUCUGUUCAUGUCUUUUAUAAAGUCUAUUAGUAUUUACUGUGCAUGUGAUUAACAUGACGGGCUGGGUGUUUCUCUGGGACCUAGGGGUCUUUACUCAAAAUGGCAUGAUUUCCAUAGUUUUAAUUUUAGUUUAUUCCUAAGCAAAUAAUUAUCCAUGCCAUUCUGUUAAACGAGUCCUCAUCACUC